AAAUGUUCCUUUAUGCCAAAACAUAACGCUUUACCUGUCUAAAGAAAUUACUGAACUCGUCAUCAUUAUGUGCCUUUCUUAUUCCCUUGCCUCCCCCUCCUUCUGAGGCUUUGAUCAUGACAGGGUAGCCAAUGCCUUGUGCAAUCUUUACUCCAGCGCUUGCAUCGUUAAUACAACAUUUCUGAUACAUUUCCUCGCUCACAAGUUCACCAGUCUCUACGUCCAACGCAUGCGCACUCACGUCAAUAGUCACGCCAGAUCCGCUCCAUUUCAAAGUGGGAAUAUUCAGAGAUUGCGCAACAAUGGAUGACGCAAUUUUGUCUCCUAGCGCCCACAUCGCUCCAGCAGGAGGACCUGGCGAUAGACAAGAAACAUUUGAACUGUUGAUGUCAUAGUGGUGCGUCUAUUUUCAUCUCUGUCACUGAACUUCCAUUUCGGCAAAACACAUUUGUCUGAUUGUAAUUUCACCUCAGUCUCAUGUGAGAAGAGUGCCUCCAGUUUGACUAUACCAAACACAAUAGGUUUCAUCCUGUAAUAACACUGGAUCAAUAAGAGAUGAUCCUUACUGGACCUCUAGGAAGAACAGUUUAGAACUAAUAGAGUAUCCAGUAUAAAUGAAGUUAGUUUAGUUUAGGUUUCCUUCUGUAGUAACACUGGAACAAUAAGAGAUGAUCCUUACUGAACCUCUAGGAAGAACAGUUUAGAACUAAUAGAGCUAUCCAGUAUAAAUGAAGUUAGUUUAGUUGAGAUUUCCUCCUGUAGUAACACUGGAUCAAUAAGAGAUGAUCCUUACUAGACCUCUAGGAAGAACAGUUUAGAACUGAUAUAGCUAUCCAGUAUAAAUAGUUUGAUCAGAUUCUUACCCAUGAACAUAAUGUUAUUCUUCUUAAGUAGAUCAGGAAGUAAAGGAUUUUCUGAUGCGUGCCCCCAUCCUGCCCACACAGCCUGGAAACAAAUAGAUAGAAUAUAGAUAAUUCCCAUUACAGACUAAUUCUAAAACUAGACAAGGAGAUGUAAAUAAAUCACCACAGCUAGAAAGAGCAUACUAAAAUGAGUAAAAUUGCAAAGUUUGGUUGCGAAAUGUUGUAAAAUGCGGAAAAUAUAGCCUUGCAAAGUUCGUAAACUUUGUAUACUUUUGUAUUGCGCGCGAAAAUUGCUACCACAUUUGGGCCGAAAAUUAUAUGGUAGCAAUUUCCGCACGCAAUACAAAAGAAUACAAAAUUUGCAAACUUUGCAUGCCUAUAUCUUCCGCAUUUUACAACAUUUUGCAACCAAACUUUGCAAUUUUACUCAUUUUAGUAUGCUCUUUCUAGCUGUGGUGAUUUAUUUGCAUCUCCUUGCCUAGUUUUAAAAUUAGUCUAUUGAGAAUUGUGCAGUAACAUAGUAAUCAUGUACACUAAUAACUAGACAUUGUCAAAAGCAAGCACAAGACAGAAAAUACUGCGCUUGUAUCAGUUUGUGGUAAUCUUCAACACAUAUGACAAAACAAAUCUCCUUGCCUAGUUUUAAAAUUAGUCUAUAAUGGGAAUUGUCUAUUGUAUCAACAUUUCUCUGAUUGACCAGCCCGUCGCUAGCACUAGCAAUAAAUAUACCUGGACAGGGAUUCGCUUUGCAAUAUCCAAAAUAACAUCAACAUUAGCAUAAUUAUUAUUAUUUGUUCCCCCUGGAGCAUGGACGUAAUGAUCGGCCAACUUGAUGUACUCCGCGUUUGCCUAAAUAUGAAAAAAUUAUCUUGUGUUAUGUACUCUCUAAUUCCUCCUAUGCUUUUAAAGUAACUUUAUUGACACUGGAUAGCUCUAUCUAAAUUGAUAUUGAUCCAGUGUUACUACAGGAGGAAACCUAAACUAAACUAACUUUAUUUAUACUGAAUAGCUCUAUCAGUUCUAAACUGUUCUUCCUAGAGGUCCAGUAAGGAUCAUCACUUAUUGAUUCAGUGUUACCACAGGAGGAAACCUAAACUAAACUAACUUUAUUUAUACUGGAUAGCUCUAUCAGUUCUAAACUGUUCUCCCUAGGGGUCCAGUAAGGAUCAUCUCUUAUUGAUCCAGUGUUACCACAGGAGGAAACCUAAACUAAACUAACUUUAUUUAUACUGGAUAGCUCUAUCAGUUCUAAACUGUUCUUCCUAGAGGUCCAGUAAGGAUCAUCUCUUAUUGAUCCAGCUAAACUGUUCUUCCUAGAGGUCCAGUAAGGAUCAUCUCUUAUUGAUCCAGUGUUACUAUAGGAGGAAACCUAAACUAAACUAACUUUAUUUAUACUGUAUAGCUCUAUCUGUUCUAAACUGUUCUUCCUAGAGGUCCAGUACGAGUCCUCUCUUAUUGAUCCAACAUAAACCAUCCAACAUAUUGAUCUAACAUAAAAUCGAUAUAAUAGAUUUGUACAGGAGAAAACAAGUUUUCCACUGGGCGAAAUUUUUCGACCGAAUCGAAAUUUCUAUUGUUCAAAUUCAAAAGAUUUAUGUUUAGUUCCAUCUGAGUGCUUGUAAGACAAAAGAAAAUUUCGAUUCGGUCGAAAAAUUCCGUCUAGUGGAAACCGCGUUUAAUACCUUAAGGUCUUCUGGCGUAACCAUAGCGACGAAACGAAUGGCGUGUUCGUUGCCAAAAAGGUCAUAGCACCAUCUCCGUAUAGAGCGCAUGCAUUUGACAGCAGCGAUACCAUUGUUGGCUAUGAGGACCUGAAAUUGAAAUAUUUGAAUAUAGUUUGAGACUAUGGCAAUUGAUACACCAGGCGGAAAUCUUAGUUUAAAGAUAAAGAGCAGAGCCCAGCAAAUAACUUUAAAACCAAACAUAAUAAAAGUAAAAAAUUUAUUAGCUAACGUUUCGUUGUUUACAAUACAAUAUCUUCAGAGCAAUCUAAAUUAACUUACGGGGUAUGGUAUACUAUAUAUUUCAAAAACUCAUUAAUAAUUCAUGAAGCAAUUAUCCAAUCUUGAGCAAUUAUACCAGCUAAAGAACACUUUAACAAAACUCGCAGGUCGUGUUUUAUUAGGUCUAUAGCCACUCGCGCUGCGCGCUCGUGGCUUUAAACCUAAGGGACGGACCAUUAGAAAAGUGAUGGGGAGGGUGGGGAAAAAACAGAAAAAAAAUCCAUGCAAACAAAAAAGGUUUGAAAAAAAAUACAUGCAAACAGACUUGUUUAAAAAAAAAUUACAAACAGAACAACAAUAGAACUUUAAUUUUAAAUGUACAUCACACAAAAUUGAACUAAAUCUUUGGAAUAUUUCAGAAUAUAAAUAUAUCAAAAUAUAUAAUAUAUUAAUAUGCAAUUUCUUUCAAUAUUAACAGUAACUCUUAUGUAGUUUUAUUAUAUACUAUCAAAAUAUUUUCUAUUGUAUUUAAUAAUUAAUUCUCAUUCACACUGCCACUGUCCUCAGUGGCGUAACUACUAUGGGCUCGGACUGGAAGAAUCAGGGGGCCCCCAUCCCCAAUGGGCCCGCAAAUGGGGGGCCCCAGGCUCAGGCUAUAGCCGCAAAAACAUUGGCCAAGGGCCUCUGAUAUGUUACAAUGGCGUUUUCUGACCAUCAGAAUUCUGUAAAAUCUCUCCCCAAAGUCCGGGAAAUGGUAUUUCAGAGAAUUUAGAUUCAAAAAUUUUCCUGGUGAGCAUGCUCUGGACCCCUAGAAAACUUGUCCAUAUAUGGCGCUUAAAGAUAUAAUUUUGCAGUGUGUAUUAAAGGGAUAUUUUUUUGUCAAGAGAACAGUUUCGUUAACAUUUGUAUAGUUGUAUUGGAAAAAAAAUUGCAUGCGAGAAGACAUAUUUAAAAAAAACAUGCAUACACAGCUGACAAACCUGGAAAAAAAAUGCAAACAAAAAAUAUUUACCCCCAUCACUUUUCUAAUGGUCCGUCCCUAAUAAAACACUCCUGCUCGUUUUUUAAAUAGUACUUACAAAAUAAUGGUUUAAUAUUACAAAAACGGUUACAUAGUUUGAAAGAACAAAUGAAUAGAAAGAAAGGAAAACAACUUAUCAAUAACUAGUUAAUAAGUAAAGAUUAAUGUUAAGUGCAUGGUUAGUAUAAUUAAGGUUAAUAUUACAUAACUAAAAUAACUCAAGAGGGGUAGAUCUAAUAUUAGCAUUAAGGACAGGGUUAAGAUGAAUCAUGGUGGUUGUGGUGAUGAUAGUAAUGAUUACGGUUUUGAUGGUGAUAAUGAUGAUGGUAUAAUGAUGAUGGUAUAAUGAUAAUGGUAUUUAACUACCUUCUCUAUGACUGUGUCUCCUCCAAAGCGUUUUACAAACUCUGCAGGUGACGCGACCUUACAACACAAAAAAAAACAAAUUACAAAAACUGAUCGUAAUUGAUAAUUUGUACCAAGCACGGUUAACCACGCAAUGGCACGAAAAUCAAAUGAAAUCCUGUGGCAAGGUAAUACGACCACCACUACAUUUUGAGCUGUUAGAUACUUUUAAUCAAAAUAGAAGAUUACAUGAACAGAUUAUAAGGGUGCGGCGUUUAAACAUACCCUCACCCCACCCCCAGACAACCCCCCCCCCCCCCCCCCAAUCUGUUUCAACAUCUUUCCUGAAUUGAAAAGUUCUGUCUUUGUAACCUUCCAGAACUGUAUAUUCAAUCAGUAACACAAACAUUUACAAUACACAUAUGAUAGAAAAUAUUCUUGCAUCAGUUUGCCCUAUCUGAGACUUGCUACGUUAGAAGACGCUUAAACAAUAGGGCGCAUCUUUUUGUGUAUGAAAGCAAAUAAAACACUAUUAUUGAGAAGUCGUCAAGUAUUAAUAAAAUGAUAAAACAAAGAAACAAGCUUUCGUUAGUAGGUGAUGCAACUGCCUGAAAAAUAUAAGAUGAAUUUCGACGUUUCGUUUGCUUUAUAUUUUUCAAAACAUUUUUCGACGUUUCGUCUCCUUUGUUUGUCUGUCACAGUAGUAACUGCAGACGAAGGACCUUUGCUUGUAAUUCUCCUUAUAUUUUUCAGGUAGUUGCCGAUCUAUCAACGAAAACUUGUUCAUUUGAUUUGGACUACCUACACUAGCAAAGACAGUUCAACAUAUCAGUGGUUCAACAUUAUAAAACAAACUGAAAGCUUACCAUAAUCUGGCGCACUGUGACAGCACCGCAAAAUGAGCUGUGGUGUCAAUAAAACCCAAGCACUAUAAAUUAUGUAGCCUGCAUGCCUUGAUAUAUAAUGAGACGUGAGUCGUGACCAACUAUUUAAAUAUCCUUAAUUUCAAGUUCUUUAAGUACUAUUUAAAACACGAGCCGGAGUGCUUUAUCAGAUAUAAAACACUAGAGCGCAGCUCGGCACGGACUGUGAGUGUUUUAAAUGGCUUAAAAAACGACCCAUCUGAUGAGUUCAUUGGCGAAGUAAUUUUAAGAAUAAAAGUUGUCUAAGCCGAGAAAAUCAAAGCUAAAGAUUAUGUAAAUAAACGUAAUUGUUUAUCACAUGUAAACUCCACCGACACGGUAUUAAUGAGUUUUUAAUAAUAUUUGAAUAGUUUGUCACGUUUUCGGUCACGUUGUUUGCCGAAUUCAAAGUUAAUCUACAUAAUAGCACAGAAAAAGGCACACAGAAGGCCGACUUCUUGGUUUUUCCUAUCAUUUUCCUAUGAUUUUGCCGUAACCCGUAAUUCGUCAUCAAAGCUGACGCCAUGGUCCUAGCCAAUGCGCGUUUGAGAGGCAUUCACUCCCCUGAUAAUAUUCAAAAUGGCGGACGUCCAAGGGGGGGGAUGCCUCUCAAACGAGCACUGGCUAGGACCAUGACGUCAGCAUUUUGAUGACGAAUCAUGGCGUGGCAGCGGUUACUCGAGUCGACCUUCUGUUGUGUGAUAAUAUCCUUGCAUUUUCAGCUUUUUAAUUACGCUGUUGACAUGCGCAUAUUCAAAUAUAAUUCAUGUACUACCCGUGCACGAUGCAUGAUCACCGUUUCACGUGGAAAUGGGAAAAGUACAUGAUUGAGGAUAAAAGUUGAUCAAAGAUGCAAUUCUCACUCAUGUUUGACCUCGGAUAGUCAUCGACUCGCAUGCAUUCCAAUUUCUUCAUCAACUCUCAUGCAACUCUUGUUCUCGUUUGACCUGAACUGUGAGAACAAAUCAUGCAAACACUCGCUUGCUAACACUCUUCAAACUCCCAUCAGCGUUUUAACAUGACAUUACUGUAGGAUUGUAUUGUACAAGGGUUUUAUAGAUGGAAAUUUCCAGCAACAAAAUCCUUCUACAAUGAGUUGUAUCGAAAUCCUAAUAUUUACCCAUGCACGUUAUGAUUGUCAAUGACCAACCAUGCUUAAAGGCGGAUUUCCAUUCAGUGCAAAAUGUUGCGUGAUCGACUUUUUGCGAUCGUUUUCUUUUGAAAUACAAACAAUCAGGAGGAACAAAUCUCAUUAGUUGUAUUUGACUGCACACAUUUUAAAAGAAAGCGAUCACAAAAAAUCGAUCGUGCGACAUUUUGCACUGAAUGGAAAUCUGCCUUAACUCAGAGACACUCGGAAAUCCACAGAAUUUGGUCUACCAGGAUUCGCAAUAGAAUUUUGAGAAGGCUUUUUGAAAGAAAAAGGGGGCUAUGUGGUACUGAAUAUACCACUCUCCUGGAAUCUGAGGAUCGUCCCUCUGAAAUUGCAUUUCAAGCCAUUGUGAAGAGCUGUUUUGGACAUUUUGACUUUCCCUUCAUAUUUCUGUGGUAAGAAGCAAGUAUUUGCGGUUAUAAUUUCGAGAAAUAACCAGCAAUUGUCUACGCUAUAGACGGCGAAAAUGGCUGAGUACCGGCUUGUAACCUACAAAUUUAAGACGUCCAUAUCUUAAUCUAACCAUGUCUGAGCGUUGGUACUUAAAAAAUACUGAAAUGCUUUAAUUGUUGCACACAUUAUCAUUAAAACUGAAUUCUUAUUAAAAUACCUUUACAUAACCAUUAACACGAGUGUAGUCUUGCACGCUUUCUCGUAAACCAAACAUCUCAACUGAGAACAAAGUUUCUAGUGACAUGACGCUGCAAAUUUCACGGCGUUAUAAUGCGGGUACGUCCCCAAUCUAGCUCAAACUGGCGAAAUUUGCUUCUCAAUUGUCAGGUCUGUUAAAUUUAUUAAUGUUUUGUCUAAACAGAUAUCGCUCCUGUCAAUUUGUUUAAAAAAAGGUCUAACUAUUGUCUAGAAUGUCACGCUAUUACGUAACCCUUGCGUAAUCUAACUAUUGAACAGUUUGUGUCAGUGUUGGUGUUACCAAGAAUAACAAAGAUGUAGAGUGAUGGGGAUACAAUUACAUGAAAAAUACAAGAACUUCGACAUUUUGAGCGAUGGCCCUCGUUGGGAAGUUAGUUCCUCAUGAUCGGUUAGCAAACAAGAGGUAAUACACGUUCUUGAAAGCGGGUGGGAAGGGUGGAAGAUGGGGUUGGGGGGGGGAGAAGGGAGUUCGGAUCACGUUUCACGUGAAGGAACCUUUGUUCGAAACAACGAAGAUUUAUUUGUAUUUUUGAAGCAGUUGAAACCCUCGCAAGUCGUUGUUUUCUGGUGUCACUGCGUACGCUGACACAAAGCGUUGAAGAAAAUGAACCAUUUCACGAAAAUUAAAAACAUGUGGUUAACUGUAUAAAUCUGAUUUUUUAUCUUGAGUAUUUAAUGCUAACGGUAGCAUAUUGUUACGUUUUCAACACAGAAAGCUGGAUAUUGAGAGACUUUUUUAAAACCAAAUUUAUGCUAGCAAAAAUGAAGAAAAUACAUAAAUGCAGUGGCAAUUAAUUGUUGCAUCUAAAAUAUUGCUCUUUUCCCCGUUUGCAUUUCUCGCUGCUCGCCCAGUCUUUGUUCUUAAUAAAUUCUCAUUUCCCAGACAACAAUUACUGCCAAUCACGGCUAUAAAUUUAAAUCAUGUUUCACCAGACAAAACCCAGUCAUCUCACAUUUCACGAGAACAGAUGUUGGCAAUUCACAGCCCACGAUAAUACCCUUUACUACCCCCUUUGAAAUGUAGGCUACGUUUAUUUUUGCCAAUCAUCAGCGGAUGAACGUAACUGGUGACAUUUCUUUACAUUUCUUUCACGAACUGGAGACAAAAGUGGUGAUGAUUGCGUUGUGUAUUAUAUCUUGUCCAAACAAAUAUUCACCACAGGAUAUUUCCCAGGGGCCGGUUGUAUCAAAGGCGUUUAACUUAAACGUUGUUUAGCCGCUAUGCAGCGUAUAAAUUUCUUAUCCAGCGGAUAGUUAAACGGCCGAUAAAAUUGCGUUGUACGAAGCCCGUUUAGUACCGCGUUUAACUAUCCGUAGGAUAACCUUUAAUUUGACCGGAGAAAACCGGAUUUUCUUGAAAUUUCCUACCUCUACGUCAGCUGUUGCAGCUAGGCCUUUGUAAACUUUUGAAGCUCUAUCUAACUUGUGAAUUCCACUAAGCAUUUGCAAUAAAGUUUGUUGUUGUUUUUAUUUGGAGUUUGCUCGUCCAUUCGUUGCUGCAAAUCUAUAUCAAACUUUUCAUUUUCACAUUGUGCUGAGUUUCUCAUUCACUUAAAUUCACUUACGGAUAUUUCUUUAAAGAUUUUUGGCUUCUUUAUGCGAAGAGUCGAAGGCAAUAGCAAAAACUAUGAGUUGUAUUUGGCUUUUGUCAGUUGAUUCAGUUUUAUAUUGUUUGAAAUUUGUUCCUCGACCUUGCACUUUUGUUCAAAACAAUUUUAAGAACAUUUUGUCCCAAGUUUUGAUUGGCUGAUCAAAGCGAUUAACGUGAGCGAACAAUUUUUUUCGACUUUCGGCGUCUUGUUGUCUAUUUUGUAUACUUGUUGGCUUUCCAAAGUCAUUGUUUGUUUUACAAUAGCUAAAGUUGAGAAUCUUACAGCUUGUUUUCAAACUAUAUAAUAGAAGAAAAGAAGAAGAAAAAGCCAGAGUAUAUAUACUUAACAUCUAAACAUGACACUGGUGAGUGGUGUGCGUAAAUACAGCAAAGCCACGGAAUUACAAGUGAGCAAGUGACCUCAGUGUACCUCAAGACCAAGCCAGUUAAAAGUGAGUUUUUCAAGUUUAUUGGAUUUAAAAAGAUAACUCCUCUACAUGAUUGUGCAUUUUUAUAACUAUCCCAUGCUUUUUCAUCCGAAAUAAUCAUUGUUUUAUCUUCAAACUCCGAGUUUAUCCGCCGUAUAGCGAUUUCAACGGUCUCAAGAGACCGUAUAAGUUUACACGGUGGAUAGGCAAAAUUUAACCGGUGGAUAGCCCUAAACGGGCUUGAUACAACGCGAUUUCUCGAGCGUUUAAAUUUUAUCCGGCGGAUAGCGAGUUAAACGGUGGUUAGCGAGUUAAACGCCUUUGAUACAACCGGCCCCUGAAUUAUAUUGAAAUGCUUGUGUAUUUUUAGCUUUAAAUUGGUUCAUUUUGAAUUCCUUCAGACUCUCAAAUUACAGGUCAUGUGAUACAAGCCUUGACCUAGGUUGACCUUUACUAGGAUGACUUGGGCACGUUUGGUCAAUUUAGGGCUAGCAUUUGGGAAGUAUGAUCAUAUCACAUGAGAAAUAAAAGCAACAUGUCAAAAUUUUAUUUUUAAAUUGAAAUUUCUUUUUCAACUUGAUUCCUGUACUUGAAUUGAAACUUGAAAUUUUGGGUCCUACUUUAUUAUUCUACUCUAUCAAACAUCAAACAAUUUUACUUGUCAAAAGGAGAGCACUGGCAUUUGCUGGCAUCUUCACAUAUAGGAGGGGUUCACGCUCCUAAAUAUCUGAACUAUCCGAAACACCACCACUGCAACUGUUAGUGAGCCAUCACACAGCACGUGCAUCAGGCCAAAAAAAAUAUGUGGGUUUCCGGUUUCUUCUUAUAAAAACUUAGGUAGGGUAGGUCGGUUUUAACUUUUUUCUUUAAACUUUUCUUUUAUUUUCCGAACAAGCGGACGCCAUUUUGUUUAGUCAGUGCUUCUACAUCCAAAGAUAAAUUUCCCUAAUAUUGCCUCAAAUUUCAAUUUUCCACAAACUUUUUCCUCUAAGUGGAAACACUUACAAGCAUGAUCAAAAAAAAAAAACGUUUAGGGUCGGGAUUUCGAAGUCCAAAGCUAGGUAGGGUUGGGAAACCGGAAACCCACAUAUUUCUUUUUUUGGCCUCACACAAAUCUGUAAACCUCCGACUAUAAGCCUUGGGCUUAUAUUCUUUUGUAAGCAAUUUUUGAUGGGCUUAUAUGGGGGGGGGGCUUAUAUAUGGGAGGCUUAUAUUUAUAUUUGGAAUGAGGUGCGCGUUAGUAAGUACAUGUGGUGGGCUUAUACACGGGGGGCUUACAGUAUAUUUGGAGGUUUACGAUAGGUGGCAUCACACACCAUUGUGUGUGUUCUAUGGCAUGUCAUGUCAAUUGCUGACGUCAUUAGAAUUUUCCAUUUUAGAAAAACAAUGCGCUAUAUCUCUUUAUUUUGUCUUGUGACCUAUGUUCAAAUUUUGCAUGCUGUAUUGCACCGCUAAAAACUUUCAUUAUACAAAAAAUAAAAAAUUCUGUAAUGCCAAAAACAUUUUACCAAAGAGUACAACAUUUUCCAAAAAAUGGCAUUACAAAAUUUUUUUAUAUUUUGCUAAUUGUUAGUUUUUCUUCCAAGUAAAAUAAUGCACGAAAAAAAAUUGGGGGGUCACCCUGCUUCUUUUCCAAUUAUACAAGGCGAUGGGCCAUUUUUUAGUGAAUUUCGUACACGUAUGUCGUCAUUGCAACAAACUAUCUGUUACUAAAACUAAUAUAAUCUGAAAGUAGAGAUAUCAAAAUAGAUAGAACCCCUAUAUCUGCUGAAUAAAUCCUAAAAAUGCAUAAUUUGAACAAAUUCAAGUGUUGAACACUUGAAUGUUUGUGUAUCGAGCCACCUUAAUUAGAGACAUUGUCAGAUUUUUUUGUUUAACCCAUCAAUUAAUUAAGCUGCAGAGCUUCCCCAUUGACGAGUAAAAUCGUCUGGUGUUUUAGACAAGUAAAAAAAAGUAAGGUGCAUUGCGGCUCAAUGGGUUAACCCUGUAUUCUGUAACUUCACUCUAAAUAUAUUUGAGGACUUCACAUUUACGUAUUUUAAACAAGAACAGAAAUUUUGUUCUCUUUUUAGCUACAAAAGGCAUCGUGGUUGUUACAGUGUUUCAGUGUAUUGGCAUCACCAGCACAAUUUAGGUACUUAUGGUUCACAUCUCUGCAUCAUGGUAAUUUUAGUAUUUUUCUGGUUGACCAGACACAAAUCACUACAGCUCAUUUUAAAACAUAUACCUAAGUUUUUUGGUGGGUGUACUGUAAACAGCCACAAAAUUUAAAAUUAUAUCCCUAUUGUACAAAUGUACUCUUUUUUGAAAGUAGGUAUUAAUGACGUGGGUUAGUGCAUUUGGCCAGAUUGGCAUCGCCAUAUUUAAAAUAUGGUUACAUACUGUAAUCAUUUGCAGGAGUAUUGGUGGAUGGCAAACAGGUAGAAUUGAGAAAUAUAAGCUUCAAAAUUUAUAAAAUUGACUACAAUAUGCUGUCCUGAAGCAUAAUAAACUCACAAAUAAACUGUGUAUAUUAUGGUAUCAUAUUUCGAACUUUACACUCCACAAUCCAAAGUUCAUAUAAAUAUUCCAUCAAUGAAAACGCAACACCUAUUAAAAACACUACCUAAAACGUCUCUAAACUAACCAAAAAUUAUAAAACUACUUACAUUGGCAUCUUUUGAGCCUUUGUCGAUCUUCAUUUCAAUAAAUUCGUCUUCUGUAUCAGACGCUGAACUUGUCAUCUCGAAAUCUUGUAAUGACGGUGUUAAAAUGUCAACUUUGCCAGGUCAAAAUUCACAAAAGUUCACUCCAAAAUUGCUCUCAAACUUAACCAAGAAUGUAGAAAAGUACAUAGUCUUGUAAAUGCAACAUUUCGUUCAACAUUUUAAUGCCAAAAAGCUGCAAAAUAAGAUAAUUAAAUGGUUUAAUCUUCCAUGAUGAACAGCAUGCUUCUUUACCGGCGAUUGCGUAAUGUUGUGUUAUUUUCCGGUAGCCGGUACCCUAGUACCGGGGUUAUGCACCUGUAUGGCCAGUGAACUAUAUACAGUUAUAUAUAGUUCAGUGGUCAUGGCAAACAGACAAGAUGGACAAAAAAUUACGGAUGACGGACAAACAGACAAACCAAUAAACGAACAGACAAGUGAACUGACACGUGACAUGCUAACAAACGGACAAACCAUAGGACAAACAGACAGACAGACAAAUAAGGAAUUUAUGACUCCAGUUUCUUACUCAAGUCAAAUAGAUCAGUGGUGGAUCCCCAGGUUCCAUAACAAAUCCAGAUUCCAGAGUUGAGUCCAAGCACAGAGUUCCUGUUGACAACUGAACUCAGUGCUGAACUAAAAUUACAUGACCUGAACUCGGUGCUUACCUAACUUGGAUUGAAAUCUGGAUUUAUUACUGAACUCAGUACGCGCAUUAUUAAUCUGGACCGUUCAAUGACACAUGUUAAUGACAUGUUUAUUUUCUUGCAAGUGUUUGCGGUUUGCCUGUUGGGACGCAAAAAAUUCAUCACAAUACAGAAAUAAUAUUUUCCUUAAAGGUUAUAACUUAUAUUAUAUACAAAUAUCAAAUACAGGAAUGUUAAUAUGCCCCAUUUAUACACAAAAUAAUGUCUGAUAUUUUUCCUCAUAGUUCAUUUGAUGGAGCAUUUGUUAGACGGAUCACCCGUGAAGACGCGGUCAGAGCUAAAAAUAACGGAUGGUCAACAACGGUCAAAAUAACGGAGGGUAAACAACGGUCAAAAUAUAGGAUGGUCAACAACGGUCAAUGACCCGGCCAAACUUUUGAAUAUGGCCGGUCAAAUUUUACUAACCUUGUUCACAGGGGCGUAGGAAGCACCUGGAGUUUGGGGGGGCACCGGCUUGUAGGGGCACAUUACUAUCGGAACACACAAAAACGGCACCUAUUGUUUUAAUUUAGUAUUUACAGCGACAUUAGCUUCUACAAAAGGGGCACUUUUCCUCACAAAAAAGGGCACUUUUCAACACAAAAAGGGCACUUUUUAUCACAAAAAAGGGCACUUUUAGUCCUUAAAAAAAGUUUGGGGGGGCACGUGCCCCCCGUGCCCCCCCGCUUCCUACGCCCCUGCUUGUUCACAUCGUUACUAUCCUGCUCACAACUUUAAAUAACUCACAUGCCUAGUUACUACCUUUGUUCUAGUUGACAAACACAUAGAAUAGUACAAAAGUUACUAAGAAUUUGAGUUAUGUAUUAACGGCUUAUUGACCGAGCGUGAGGUUUGUACUGUGAAAUAUCAGACCGAGGUUUUUUAGUAUAGACCGAGCGAUGAUGGAGCGAGGCCCAUGCAAAAACAGAGGUCUGAUAUUUCACAGUACAGACCGAACAAGCGAGGUCAAUAAUCGGUUUAUUAGUAUGGCUGAACUGAGUCUGUGAGCAUAUGCUUUUCGCGCGAAUUAAAUCGGCUAUCGUCAGUUUCACUGGCUAACAAUAUACGCGGUAGGCAUGCAUGCUCAAUCAAAAACAAUUUGGUUGGUUGAAAUUUUUAUCUGUAAAUUUUAAUGACACACAAUUGGAAAAUUAAAAAGCAAGAUUUUUUUCUGUUUGCAAAGCAAAAAUUUCCCGCCAGAUAAACGACAUCCGGUACACCGGUCCAGAUACGGAAAAUACGGACCACGGUCCGGAUAUAGGUUUUUACAGACCGCUUGUCAACCAAUCAGAAUAGAGAAUUUUGAAAAGCCAUAUAAUAAAAGGAGUUAUUCCCUCAUGUAGAUCAUUCUAAAGCUUAGUUACCUUUGUUCUAUUCUAUGUUUCUGUAAACUAGAACAAUAGUAACUAGGCAUGUGAGUUAUCUAACGUUGUGAGCAGGGUACAAACAAACGGUAGCGAAAUUUGUCUAUUUGCUUGAGUGCCACGACAACAAUAGCUUCAAAUAGUCGAGGUGGACAAUGUAAUCUAUUGUAAAUAUUGCUAGCCAGCAAAUCCGGGAAAUCAGUGUAUUUGUAAAGGUUGGUGUACACAAUCAAAGUUUCUGUGAUCACAGAAGGCAUUUUGCAUGGGUAAACUUCUACGUUUUGAAGGAUUUGUAAGAAAUGUUUGAGGAACUGACUCAUGUGUUAACACUGACUCAGUUUCUUCAAACAUUUCUUACAAAUCCUUCAAAACUUAGAAUUUACCCAUGCAAAAUUCCUACUGUGAUCACAGAAACUUUCAUACUGUAAAACCAGCCUUAAGGGUUUUCUUGGUAUGAAACGACUUCGCCGAGAAUACAGGUUUCUUCAAAGAUUAAGCGGCGUUGACCAGACAGAAAUAGCGGGGGCUAACCCCCCCCCCCUCCCCCAAUGAUUAUUGUUGGUUACCGUUAGUUGACUGGUUUCAUAUCAUGAAACGUUAUUUUCAGAGCCCUGAUUGCGCACACAAGUUCGUUUGGGGAACAAAUGCGCAGAUAGUUCGCCUUGACGGUUGAUCGAUCUGUUAGACUCGUAUUGUCUUCCUGUUCUUCCAAACCUCUAGUAUAAAUCAGACAAAUAUAUAAACACUAUCAUUACAAUCAUAUAUACAUCGAAAGCGCAACCAUCGCUAAAAUAAUAUACAAAUAUCCACGCACGUUUGCCACGCUCGAAGUAUCCGUUAGACCGGAACAGAGCCCUUGCGGGCAUAUUUGCUCACAAUACUUCCCCUUGCAUACGAAAUUACAUUGCCCCGAAUAACACGUUUGCCGACAGAGUGUCACAUUUUGUCCACAUUCCAAAUUACAGUCACCAAGAAAACAGUACUGCUCACAGACGAGAGAAUUGCACACCAUGUUCCCACAGUUACCAAGACACACCUGAGUACAAUUUUGCGCUGUGCAUUGCAUUUUCGCACAGUUGCCCCCGGAGCAACGUUGGUCGCAUAUGUUACUUCGACAAUCCAUAUUGCCACACUCUCCUCCAGGACAAUUUUGAAGGCAAUGUUUCUUUGAGGAACACUUGACAUUUUUACAUAACCCCCCAAGGCAAUUCUGAUCACACUUUUCACCGUUGUUUCCAGUGCAUUUAAGAUCCUGUCCUCCAUAUACGCAUGCUUUACAAGGCGGUUCACACUGACCGUUAUGUCUGUAGUCGCAUUUUGCGUCCAGAUGCGAACCUCGGCGAUCUCCGAUUUCGUUAAAAGUACAAGUUCCGGAGGGAGAGCAUUCGUUGUCGCAGUGUCUCGCAGCGCAGUUAAAUUCACAGUGGCCCUUCUUGCAAAUCUGUUUGCAGGAAUUGACAUUUCCACUACACGAAAAAACACAUCCAGACCCGGAACAUACUUGAACACAAUGAUCCGCGCUGCAGGUAAGCGAACAAUUACUACCGCAAUCUUGUCUGCAUGUCUUUGAGUGGCACGUGAUUGAACGACAAGUCUCACCUCGACACGCUUGUUUGCAGUUCUUAUAAUGGGAAUCCGCCUUGCAGUAGCAUCCAUUGGAGUCACAAGUUUGGACACAGAGCUGCUUAUUGUCCUGGAUACUACAUUCCGUUUGGAUAGCGGAAUUUGGUCCCCGGGUUUCACAAUUGCCGGUCGGGCAAUAAGCCCGGCACGUUUUUCCCUCACACGUGAUCUGACAGUUACCACCGGUGCAAACUUGUUCGCAGUACUUCACAUGCGGUCCACACCUCAUGUUACACCCCCCGGUUCUGCAGUUUUGGAAACAAUAGUCGGAGUGGCAUACCAUAUUCUUGCACGCACCCCCCGUGCAAUAUUGUUCGCAAUAGCCUCGACUCCGUGAACAUUUCAUAUGCUUACAAUGACCCUGUGUGCAUUGUUGAACACAUUCUUUAGAGGCGUCACAAUGGAAUGAACACUUCUUGGAGUUUCCAUCGGAAGGGUCGCAAACUUGAUUGCAAUACUCGACUGCUGAGCCAUUAUUCUUCUUGCAAGACAGCGAGCAGACCUCUUUGCCAUUGGGUUUGGUUUUACCGCAGUGCUGGACACAUUCUGGACCGCCAGAAUAGAGAUUGCAAGUUUUUAUCGAGCUGUAGGCCGUCUGCAAGGUCAGCGAGGUGUAAACCAAGAGUAGUAGCCAAACGUUCUUGUUUACUGCAGUCAUUUAAAAUUCUAGAGAAAAGAUGGUCAUACAUUUUAGUUUCCAUUUAACAAUUAGUCGCCGAAGGCGAGGUGAUUACAAGCCUAUACUCACUGAACCGAAGUUUUAGUAUAAUUUUAGUAUUUAUUUCUUUCUGCUUCCGAAAUUUUCGCAAAUCGAUUUUGAGGAUUUUCAGCCAUUUUUUUGGGAAAAGCAAUCGUUACUGCUCAGAGCAGUCUGAGUAGUAACUAUUGCCUCAGAGUUACUGCUGAGGAAGUCAAUCGGAAUGCUCAAAGGCCAUUUUCCAAUACUGAAAUUAUACUAAAAUGAAUUAUAUACAAAUUAUAAAGAAACUAUAAGUUUCACAAAGCACUAUCGUGCGGCAGAUUGUGGUCAGUUAUCAGAACGAGAAAAUAAUUCUAAUUCUUUUCAUUAUAUGUAGUAGUCUUGUAUUUGGAGGAAACCAAAUUGAAAUUAACAGAUGUUGACAGUUCAAUUUGUUUGCUCCCAUAAGUGAAACUGAAUUUGACCACAAUAUGCUGCCUCGUAUCCAGGGCGCUUAUGUAUUCGCUAUGGCUCGCGUCGCAGCUGCGUGGGCUAUGCGUGGGCUCGCGUGGAUAAUCUGGCGUGUCAACGCUGAUCGAAACCCGGGGAAAAUGUAAAAACAAGAAAUUUGUUUGUACAGUUGUCAUAGUUGGAAGACUAUUUUUAACUUGUUUUUUACUUCUAGCAAAUACAUCUUGCAAAAAUUUAAUUAAGAACACUGUUGUGUUCAUUAACAUCGUGGUUAGAACGUCAUUAAGAAAAUUGAAACAUUUCAGAAGGCUAAUUAAACAUGUCUUGCGACUGACAAGACUUGAAUAUCAGACAUCUUGGACUUCACAAAAAAUAAAGUUGUUUUUGUUCAAUAUAGACUUGCUUGACGGUAUUGUAGAAAAGUAGGUAAUGGUGUCAAAGCAGAAUAGAAUGACUACUGCCGAAAGUUGAACAGUUUAGAACUGAUACUAUAUCCAGUGUAAAUAAAGUUAGUUUAGUUUAGGUUUCCUCCUGUAGUAACACUGGAUCAAUAAGAGAUGAUCCUUACUGGACCCCUAAGGAAAACAGUUUAGAACUGAUAUAGAGCUAUCCAGUAUAAAUAAAGUUAAUUUAGUUUAGGUUUCCUCUUGUAGUAACACUGGAUCAAUAAGAGAUGAUCCUUAUUGGACCUCUAGGAAAAAUAGUUUAGAACUGAUAGAGUUAUCCAAUAUAAGUUAGUUUAGUUAGGUAAAGUCUCCUUCAUUUUAAGUCACUCCGAAGCCAUAUGUAAGUUUAAUUUUUCGACCACAGCGUGCUAAACAAUUGGACACGGUAAGCGAUACACAUGCAAAGCAUUGUCCCUAAUAUUGUGCUGUGUUUAACUUCAUCAUUAACUUUGACACAGCGAGAUUAAAACUCGGUCAAGCUGGGUUUGAAAUAUAUGCAAGCAAUUGUUUUGAAACAACUAAUAUCUCCUACAGGGAUUCAUGCUGUUCGGGGUUUACAAAUUUCUUUGAGAAAUGCUAAUUUAACAGGAAUAUUUUAAAUAGAAGAAAUUAUCUGAAAAAUCUUAAAAAUGUUUGGCAUGAAUGGGAAGGUGUAAGCAGUAAAAUAGAAAAAUAGAAAAGUAUCUAAAAAGGUAGGUUGGAAGACAUAUAAAUCUAGUAGGUAGGUGGGUGGGGGGAUGAGUAGUUGGGUGACUGGGUAGGUAGGUAGGUGGGUGACUGGGUCGGUGGGUAGAUAGGUAGGUGGAUGGGAAGUUGGGUGACAGGGUGAAUAGCUAGGUUGGUAGGUGGGUGACUGGGUAGAUGGGUUGGUAGAUUGGUAGUUGGUGAGAGGGUAGAUAACUAGGUUGAUAGGUGGGUGACUCGGUACGUGAGUAGAUAGAUAGGUAGGUAGGUAGGUAUAUGUAGUAGGUAGGUGUAGAGUUAAUGAGUUCUUUGAAAGUUUACAGAGCGAAGAAACAAUAUAUCUCUUGGCUAGUGAAAAACCCCACGUAUAUUUAUUAUAGCAAAGCUUUCGAUCCGUAAGCCUGGAUUUUCAUCAUAUACUAUUAGCACUAAUGAAGAUCUGGGAUUAAAAACUUACAGAUCCAAGCUCUGCAUGCAAUAAUGAACACACCUAGUGUCUCCACGAGCCAAGAGACAACACGUAUAUAGGUAGACAAAUAGUAAGGGAAAAAGAUAGGGAAACAAGACACACAGUUAUAUAUACAUGCAUACAGUAUUUAUAUGUAAGGAUAUUUCAAAGCCAAUACAAAUACAUUAAAGUGAAUACUUCGAAAAGCAGAAGGCAAAAAAUAUGGUAAAUGAAGAAUGACUGAGUAAAUGAAAGAAGAUUUGAAAACAAAAUAGCGAAAACAAACAAAUUUUUGAAAGAACCUAUAUCUUAUAUUAGAAGCGGUAAAUGAUGGUCUUAUAUCUUGCUUAUACAGCUAUCUUAUACAGUUUAUAAGAAAUCUCACCAUCUAACCCAAGAAGAAACCUGCAAACGUUUAGCCAAAUCAAUUCCUCAAACUUCAAAGAACAGAGAAGCUCACUUGGCAACCACCAGAGUACACUAAAUGCUUUCUAGUAACUCACUCUAGCUAUAUUCAGCUGCGUCAUAAGGCAUUAGAGCCUGGUGGUGCCGCAUCGUCUCACAGUGUAUUACAAGUUAUUGGAUUGAUUACGUGUUACGAUAUUAGAGACGCCAAGUGAUAUUAUUAGAAAUUAAACUUCAAAAUUAAAAAGAAAAAUAGUAAUAUACACUAUAUUGAAAGAUAAAUAAAAUGUACUCCUAAAAUGCCCAGCCUUUUCUAUUACAACCAAAUCUGACAACAUGGAAAUAUACAGGAGGAAACUUAUAAACUAAACUUAAACUUUAUUUAUACUGGAUAGAUCCAGUGUUACUACAGGAAGAAACUUUAAUUAAACUAACUUUAGUUCUCAAUGGUCCAGUUGCAUAAUCCAUACUCCACCGCUAUGGUUUUAGGGAAUGCUAGAAACCAGACUAUAGAGGUAUCCAGCCAGCUAAAGUGGGUGUCGUUUAUUACUAAAAUUCCAGAAAAAUUUGAGUCUGUAUAAACUAUAUUAAUCCCUUUUAAUGAACACUCACUCCAUUGCCUGGGGGAAUUUCCAACGACCGUUAAUAAUUUAACAUUUAAUAUUAAAUGCAGAAAAACGCCUUUAGUGCUAAGAGGAUUUCCUCACCGGCGGCUCAAGAUCAAUUGACGCUGUUUGAUAAAUUUAAUGAGUUUUCGUUUUAAUUGUAAAACAAGCGCUCGAAGCUUGAAGCGUAUUAAAAAAACUCCGUCCCCCUCUCACGUUAGAAUAACACACGACUCAUAGCAAUACUGAAUCAGCAAGGGAAUGCACCCCUAAGGAGAACAGUUUAGAACUGGUAGAGCUUUCCAGUAUAAAUAAAGUUAGUUUAGUUUAGGUCUGUAGUAGCACUGAAUCAAUAAGAGACAAUCCUUACUGAAUCUCUAGGAAGAACAGUUUAGAACUGGUAGAGCUGUCCAAUAUAAAUAAAGUUAGACUAGUUUAGGUUUUCCCUUAAACGAAGCUACGAAAUUCAGCCUAUUGACUGCGAUGUAGUCUUUCUUCAACAAACCAUAAACCAUUGAACUGAACCUCUAGAGAGAGCAGUUUAGGACUCAUAAAAGAGCUAUCUAGUAUAUAUAACGUCUGACUGUUUUCAAUAAGCGUCAAGAGACUUAAGAUUUAUAUAGUGCUUCUUAGCUGAGAAAAAUGAUGACGCAAUGAAUGAUGGGAUUUUAUAUCAUUGAUAAAAUCAGCAAGCGGAAUUUCAUAUGUUUAUACAAACAUAUAUAUAAACCCAUAACUACUCAAAAACCGGGAAUUAUUAGUUCCAUCUGUCAAAGCAGUGCUAUCUAAAUAUUACCCUCGUACCCAGGGUCUAUCAUAUUCUGCAUGUGAAUAUUUUCUAAAACUACCAAAAACCUCGUGCUAUAGGCCUCGGUGAUGAACUAAAUCAUGACUUCGCUACAAACGUCAGUUUAAUUUUAAUUAUACACAAAAGUAAAAUGAAACCUCUUAUUGUGGGAUUUAAUUUCAGCUAUUCAGUUUUAGAUGCAAUAUCGAAUGUAAUGUUUUGUUUAUUUAAGCUUCGGACCAUAUGAUGCGAUGAAUGCAGUUAUAUAGAGUUACAGUGAUAUUACUUUCUAGGGUUAGGACGUGAAUGACGCGGCGUUUCCUCAAUGCUUUUACAAACUUUUAAUUAUUUAUUUUCUAUGGGGGAAAACUUCAAAGGAGGCAUACUAAUAAGCAAAACAAAACGCGGUAUUUGACGGCAAACGAAAGCGCAUAAUGUCGCCAAUUUUCGCUUCGUUUAUUAAUAUUAAGGCGAUUUAUAUAUAAACAGCGACGCAAAUGAAAUUUUGUUUUCGUACUUUUGGCGUCAAUGGAAAGUGUUCAUUUAUCGUAACAAAGCUAAAGUGUUUUUGGCAAAACAAAAAGCUUGAAUAUUGAGUUUGAAUCUUGCUUAUCCUCAAAGCAUCUUAUGUAUUAAAAUCAUAUAUACAAAUACAAUCACAAAAAUAUAUUUAAAACCGAGAGGAUAUGUUUAUAUUACAGCAAGAGAUUGAUGACACAUUUCAACACGACUACAUAUACGAACGCUACAUUCAGACAAAAGAUCUCAAAUUCAUAUAAUUGAAAGUAACAAACGCACUGAGGUACAAUGCGCCAUUACGCUCUAGAAUUGACAGCAACAUAACAGAUAUUUACGUAUGAAUAAGAUAUACGUUCUGUUUUAAAAUUGGGUAUAACGGUUAGAAAUAUACUGAGACUAAGUAAACAACAUUCAAAUUUUCAACACACAUUUACAGACGACAUUCUUGUCAAAAUAGUGCCACAAAUUUGCAAACGCUGAAAUCAUACUCGGAUCUUGAGACGUGCGUAUUUCUUUCGGCAUGUCCAAAAUGAUAAAGGUUCUGACACAUUUUCACAUACUUAACGUUUUCAGAGCGGAUUGGCUUAAGUCUUAAUCGAAUUCACACACUUGACUCAAGUUGAUAUUGAUAUAAUACAAUAAUAUUUAACCCCUUCAUAUGAAAGAUGAAAGUCUAAAGAUGGCUUGCGUGUCUUAGUCUAAGAACCAAGAUUUAGAAGAUAGCUAGUCAAUAAAUGAUCUCGAAAUAACUGUGCAUUUAUAAGCACAGUAAAUACAUGUAGAACAUACACUGUAGAUUGUACUGCAUAUGUAGUACAUACAUACACAAUUAUGAUGCACAGUCCCUAAAGUCAAGAGGAAAGUAAGCAUAAUCUAGUUAUAAGAUGAUCCGUGAAAGGGAAUCGUCCAAGCCCAAGGACACUUAAAUGAAGCAGACUUUUAAGUCCUACAAUGGCCACAUAUCUGUUUGUACGACCUUGUAUUUAACACAUUGUUAUCGUGGGGUCAUUUGACUGAAGCUCUGAACAUCAGUAACAUUGACAAGUCAUAAUCUAUACGGACAUGCAUACAGCUUAGACACUUGUUGAGAUUGGAAAAGGAUCUUAAAAGAUACGUACAAUACUGAUACAAACAUGUUGCAAUUCACACAGAAUAUAACUCUAUUUAUAAAUAUAACACAUCCUGCGGGUCAUAUUGCCGAAACGAGGCACUCAACAUCAAUAACAUCAAAGCAAGUGUAUAUAUAAUUUGGUUGAGAUGAUGCCCGUGUCGGAAUCGCACAAGGACACUGAGUCUUCGAAGAGUGAGUAAGAUGGUCAAGUUAUUAUACAAGUCUACUUUCACAAUACCUGUCUAUUCAUUACAACAUGAUUGAGACUCUUUUGAACACACGAAAUAUUGAACGUGAAUAACAUGUGUUUGAGUGUUAUUGUUUCUUUGCCUUACAAACUUCAAACAAUCACUUCGCUUUAAUCACAGCUUGUGAGAGAAAGCACUCAAGCCCUCGACACAACAGGCUUCUUGAAAUAACGUACAAAAUCCCAUCAAACCAAAUCUCAACUCAAGAAUACCCAUAGGGAUUGAUUUUGCCUCAAUGGAGUUGGGUUACACGACGGAAACAGCGAAUUGAAUUCACAGAUGUGCUGUCCUAUCAUGCACUUAUAUUUCGCUAUUUAAACAUGUUGACAAAUUGCUUUGCAUUGGCUUAUAUCCUAGCACUAUACGCCUGAGAUUAUUACACUACAAUUCGCAUGGCUAAAACAUCAUUUCCAGCGUUUUAAAGUGUAAGACAGAGGCUAUAUGUUGUUAGCGUGACUAUUUAUACCUCCAGGGGAUAGGGACAACAUUCCUGUGUAUAAUUACAUCUAGGACCCGAUACAAAUCGAUUAACCCGUUGCUUCGUAAAGGUUAAAGCUACUUGACAUUUCCUUGAGAGUGAAAUGACCUAAACUCACUCGCGCUUAUCAGAAAUACAACUCUCUUAUCGUUUCAAUCACAAUAUACUACAAACAUAACCACUCAUUUUGAGCUAUUAUUCAAAUUAUUUCAAAUUAUUAUUGCUUGGAAUUUAGAAAAGUAAUGUUAAAGUUACCUGAUUGUUUCAACAACUAAACGAUGUUUCAGAGGCCGUGUAUUAGGUAUUAUCCCCCAUUAUAAGUAGGUAUACAAUAUUCUUGCUAAUAUACGACGACUUUGCGGUGUUAGGUAGUCUCAUUGCCCCUUGCUUCGGCUUACGUUUGUGAUCGUUAGCGCGAAUUAAGCUAGGACAAACAGUUCUCGGCUUUGCCUCAUACAAACGCGGUGUGGAUAUAUUAAAUAUGCAAAAUAGCUCAGUGUUUGUGUGUGGUAGAAACGAUUUCAAUUAAUCUCUUUUGUUCACGAAAGCAAGAAUUGAAAAGAACUAACAGAACUUGCCUUGAAACAUCGCGUUGACAAGAAAUCAAUGACACGCUUCACUCGCCACCUUUCAACUUAGUUUUGAAACUCUAUAAAACUUGGCGUUUUUUAAACAAUAUAUUCAGCUUUUCAGGACAAAAAUAUCAUUAUAAAUUACAAGCGUGACAGCAGUUUCCCACCGCAAAUAAUGUGCUUAAAACCGAUCGCGAUGUGGGAGGAAAUUAUAUUGUAAAUAUUCUACCUGAGAUUCUUCAUUCCCUGGUAAAGUACUCCCGCGGAGGAGGCAGGCUAAAGUACCGACUGAGUGACUGGGUUACCUCUAGUUACCUCUACUACAGCUUCACGACGGAAAUAGCAAAAUAUCUGAAAAUGCAGACAGCCUUUCAAAGGGCUAUAGAUGAUUAACCACAUUUUAUAAUAAUAAUAUUAUACGAUACACUUAAAUCUAGCGAGAGGGGGAAAUUAAAUCUUCAUUUGAAGGUAAAAGCACCGCUAUGUCUGCGACUACGGAAUUGAAAGCAAUAUUAUAGAAGGCAAUUCUAGCUCUUCAGACAAAACAUAAUCUUCUGACAACGCUAUACACAGCCUUUCAAAGCCAGAUAUAUAUUAACCGCACAUCAUAAUAACACAAGAUACAUUUUGUAAUCUGGUGAUCACUCGUAAAAUUAAAUGUAUGUUAUUAAAAAUGACUGACUACGUGUCAUGCAUGUAAACUGUAGGGCAUACAGUCUGAGUACGUCUACAGUCUAGAAUUCAAUCCAUGGAUCUGUCAUAUAAAUGAUAAAUCUAUAAUGAAAUGAAUACAUAUAUAUGUUUCCAGAAAAUUGCAAAGAAAAGCGCCAUAUAAUUUGAAACAAAAUGCUUAGUAAAAUGACUCAUUUGCCAUCUGAUAUGUCUACAGCACGCGCAUAUAGGCAGCCUAUAUAAUAUAAAUUUUCAACUAACAAUAUAAUUAUAGAUAUUUUAUAAUUUUAAGUGAUUUUAAAGUUAUAUAUUUUUUAAACGCUUACCGAAAUCCAAAAGAGUAUUAAUAAGUUCAUCUUUGUGUGUAGGAGCAUUUCAAUGACAAACCGAGUUCGUUGACAAGUAGAAUUGUGAGAUUGGACACAUCUGCACUUUAUUGAAGUGUUUUUGCAAGUACCAGCCAACAGUCUGGCUAGACAUGCCGGCUGUGUCGGCUUUUGAGCAGAAACGCGGAAAAUAGCGUCUGUUGAAGACAAGUGCAGCUUGCAUGAGCAGGCAGAUUGUUUGCUUUUGUUAGUUUAGAUGUAUAAUUUUCAUUCAUUGGUUGAACAUUUUUGGUAGGACAAUAGUGCAGUCGUGAAGAACAGUUAGAGUGCAACACUGCGUGUAUUUGAACGUUCGAAGUUUAGACUAGUGACAAUCUACCACAAAGGACGUGUAUUUCAAGACCACUAUAGUCUAUACCUAUACAAGGAGAACCAAUAGUUUGAAGUUUAGACUAGUGAGGACCUACCACAAAGGACGUGAAUUUCACGACCACGUACUAUACUUACAAUGACAACCAAUAGUUUGAAGUUUAGACUAGUGAGGACCUACCACAAAGGACUGACGUGUAUUUCAAGACCACUAUACUUACAAUAAGAACCAAUAGUUUGAAGUUUAAACUAGUGAGAGUCUACCACAAAGGACGUGAAUUUCAAGACCACGUACUAUACUUACAAUGAUAACCAAUAGUUUGAAGUUUAGACUAGUGAGGACCUACCACAAAGGACGUGAAUUUCAAGACCACGUACUAUACUUACAAUGAUAACCAAUAGUUUGAAGUUUAGACUAGUGAGAAUCUACCGCAAAGGACUGACGUGUAUUUCAAGACCAUUACCUACACUGAGAACUAUAAUAGUUUGAAAAUUAAAAUAGUGAGAAUCUACCGCAAAGGACGUGUAUUUCAACACCACCAUACCUAUACUGAGAACCAACAGUUUGAGUGAAGUUUAGACUAGUGAGAAUCUUCCACAAAAGACGUGUAUAUCAAGAGAGGUGGCAACCAUUUGAACCAUAAGGAGUCAACCAUUUGAAGGCAAAGACAUAGUGAGAAUCGUCUAUAUACAAAGCCAAAGGGGGAGUGUUUCAAGACUACUCAUACCUACACUGAGAAACAAUUGCAGUUGGAAGGUUAGGCGAAAGGCAAUUUACCACGAAAGACGUCUAUUUCAAGAGCGCUACUGUCUACAACCAACUGUUUGAAGUUUAGGUUGGUAAUAAUUACUAGACUACAAGGCCAAAGGACCGAUAUUUCACGACACUUACCUACCGCCAGGGAUCUGACACUAAAGGCUAGCAAGAACACUACACAAAAACCUUUCAACUAUUGGUACUAUCGAACGAGAUGCCCCCAAAAUCUUGAUAUCUAGCUAUAGCAAGACUAAAACAGAAGUGUAUUUUAAGCCACUGUGCUAGAGAGAUAUGCUGCCAGGUCGUUUACGAGCGAUACGUCUAUAUCAAUUUCAACUCGGACUACCUUAAAGUGAAAUGCUGACACUAACCUGAGUUGAGCGACAAUGAGAGGUGAUAAACGUACUUGAUAUCACAACACAGUGUUGACAAGUUAUAGCCCACCAUAUCAGUGUCGAUUUUCACACGAACCAAACCAGAUCCAACUCAGUGUAAUCCACUUUAUGAAAUCAUCAAAUGUGUCCCACGUUUGAUUAGGCUUAUCCCAGUUUUAAUUUUGUAAUUUUUAAAUCUGAUUUUCAAGUGUAUCGCUAGGGGACGCCGGUUUUAAUAAAACCACACAGAGUGUCAGGCUAUUGUUAACUCCACUACACUACAAUAAUAUUGUGCGCGAGCCCCCUUAUUAAUUAUCCUGAACUAAUUAACUUAUUACUUAAAUUAUUGCGAUCGCCGCGCCAACAUCUUUCAUCUUCACCGACCCUGUUUGAGGGACCGCCUCACGUCGGAUUUGCUAGUAUGGAAUCGGGCAGGCGGGUUUCCGAACGGAAUUGAUGACGCAUUUCCGGUAGUUUGAUCAUGUAGCCCAUAUAUUGGUAGAAUUCAGGAUUUUGGCCAUCUCCACUCGGUAGAACUGCUGUUGUAGGAUGUGUAGAUGGGAAUCCCCGUUCGAUUCCCACCGUGGUCAGGCAUAUUUUUCAAGCCUGCCCGGUGUGGAUAUACUCUCAGAGUAACAUCACAAGCAUCUUAUUCACCUGAGUACAUUACACCAACACAGCAAAUAUCAUGAUUAUUAGAUCACACUUAUAUCGAAGGAACUAGACUCAGUUCCGAAAUAUCACAUACUCGAACCGACCUGACCGCGUAGCUCAGUUGGAAGAGCAUUGGGCUAGUAUUCCAAAGGUCGUAGGUUCGAUUCCCACCGUGGUCAGGCAUAUUUUCAAGCCUGCCCGGUGUGGAUAUACUCUCAAAGUAACAUCACAAGCAUCUUAUUCACCUGAGUACAUUACACCAACACAGCAAAUAUCAUGAUUAUUAGAUCACACUUAUAUCGAAGGAACUAGACUCAGUUCCGAAAUAUCACAUACUCGAACCGACCUGACCGCGUAGCUCAUCGAUCAGAAAAAGAAAAUCGCACUAGAAGCCAAAGGGAGUGUGUUUCAAGACUAUACUAUACCUACACUGAGAAACAAUUGCAGUUGGAAGGUUAGGCGAAAGGCAAUUUACCACGAAAGACGUCUAUUUCAAGAGCGCUACUGCCUACAACCAACUGUUUGAAGCUUAGGUUGGUGAGAAUUACUAGACUACAAGGCCAAUGGACCGAUAUUUCAAGACAGAAGAAGAAACUCGCACUAGAAAUCGCAGCAGAAAUUGCAAGUGUAGAUGGGCCUUAUUAGACCUAACCCGCGCAGGAGCAGUUGUGAAAAAUUUUAUUUAUUUUUUUUAUUUUUAUUUUAAAAAUUUUUCCCCAUGUACAAUAAAUUUAUGUGUAGUAUAUUUACAAUAAUUGUAGAGUGCGGGCUAGAGACCUACUAGAAAUCUUCGUAGAAUUUUUAUUUAGGUCUCUAUAGUUAUGCUAGUUUGUAUUAUAUUAUGUAAUAAAUUAUUUACAGUCAAUCAUAAUAUUAAAGGAAUAUAUAUAUAUUUACAAGAGAGAAAAAAAAGAGAAAUUGUUCUUAUUAUAGAAGUGAAUAUUUACAAGAGAGAAAAAGAAGAGAAAUUGCUCUUAUUAUAGAAGUGAUACCAAUGUUGUAGAUGCAUUUGUGUUCUUAUAAGAAUUAGACUACAAUAUACUAUUAAUUUUGUCAUAUAGCAUGUUUAUACAUUCUUAUACAUUGUAUAGUAAAAAAUGUUGUUUAAUUUGCUUUUUGAAAGUGCUGUAGAAAUUUAUAUCUAUAAAUUUUAUUUCUAAUGAAUUCCAUACGUCAACUCCUUUAUUUGAGAGAGUGUACCUGUUCUACAUAAUUUGUUCUUUUAUAACAUUUGCGAAGUUUUGAUGCAAUGCAACUAUAUAUAGACCCUCUGGUAGGCAUUGAAACUGUGGCCCUGCAUUUCCAGCGAAGCGCUCUAACCAAAUGAGCUACAGAGUUGGUACAAUUGCUUGAUGUUUUCUAGAAAACCUUUUAGCUGUAAAUUAUGUGUAUUCGGAUGAUGUUGUCCAAGUGAUGUCCAAAUUUUAGGAUAAUUAAGCUAUCUGUCACAUCUACAGCUGACAAGUGCUUGUGGCUAGCCAUUCUUAUCAAUUGGACUUUGUUACUUAGCGCAGGUCUCAACAGAAUCAAAGGGCCGCAGAUUCGGAAGGAGGGCCUAUAUUCCCUCGAAAUCUUUCUAUCUUCAUGCAAGAUGGCUAAAAUUCAGAAGCAAAAAACUUCUUGAUCACUAGCGUGAUGUUAUCGACAUGCUAUAACUCUCUAACGAGUGAAUUGACACAAUAUGGCAGCAAGCUUGUCAUAAUAAAGCGGUCACAACCUGCGCCUGUAACGAACAGAACGAAAGUUUCUGUCCACAAAAACAAGCCUGCAUUAAGUUUUGGUAAAAUAGAAAGAGAUAUAAGAGCAAAACAUGUGCGGCCGGUUCCUCCCAACCUGUGAAGAACCAAUAUAAGUAAAGAUAGUGUUUAUUUCAAGUCGAAAGAGAUAAGCAAAAAGACACGUGCUUGGUUCCUCCCCUCCACGUGCUACCCGAGUACCUGCACUCAUUGAUGCUCAGACAUGGCGGUCGCGUCAUCACGCACCUGUCAUGGAGAACAACAAGCUUAAACAACAACCUUCAACUGUUUAACUGUAUAUAUAACCGAAAAUGACCGGCUCAGAACAAAAAGGCCGACAUCGGAAACAACACAUCUGACUGAACAAGAAACCUCACUCACUAUGGAGCGAACAAAUUUCAACCAUACACAACAAACUCAGCGACUUACAAAACAGAAAGACCGACAUCAAGGACGCAUCUGUGAUGAAAACAACAAACUUGACUUCGCUACAAACUUCAUUGCGAAACAAAUUUCAAAUAAACAAUAAACUUAACUUAAAGACAAAACAGAAAGACCGACAUCAAGGACGCAUCUGUGAUGGAAACCAACAAACUUGACUUCGCUACAAACUUCAUUGCGUAAGAAAUUUCAAAUAAACAAUAAACUUAACUAAAAGACAAAACAGAAAGACCGACGAGAACAAACACUUCAACUCUGAGAGCGGACAUAUGCUGUAGACAGACAAGAUAAGAAUUCAUGUCAUCAUUUUUACAUGUCUGUCAGCUGAAACCUAUAGGAAGCGCGAAGUUGUGUCAUCCAUGGCACUUCUCUUAGCGAUCACACACAGAGCCUUGGUUAACCCUAACAUGAAGUAGACGUGUUUCACUCUCUAGGUCUUCUAUAAACAUCCUCGAUUCUAUUUGCCAAACUAAGAAUCAUCAAAAUUGAAAUGACUCUCAGAACUUGUAGAGAUCAUCAUUAACUCUAUCGACUUAUCCAUACAACUCUUGAGAUUGGCGGAGAGUUCGCUAUCUCAACCUUGGCACUGAAGAAUCCAUAGUCCACUGCUCUACCAUGCAGUUGAGAAUUUAGCUAUAUACAAAGGUUGACAGAAUCUUAUCUCUUUAAUAUAUAUACUAUAAGACAACUCAGCAGUCGUUCCUGGCUAGGUCUUAAAAUGUAUAUAUUCUCACUUGGAUUACAAACCCUAACAUCCUAAUAUUAAUUCCACCAAGUGAAGUGCAAGAAUCGAAGUCAUUCAAGUCCACCAGGAACCUAUAAACCACUGGAAAAAAAUUUGAAAAUCCAUAGAAGGUCAUAGAAUGGAAAUUGUAUGGACCUUCAUUGGAAAUAGAAUGGAUUUUGGUUAUCCAUAAUAAUUGUAUAUUCCCAUAGUAUGGAUAUAGUAUCGAAAUAGUAUGGAUAUACUAUAUGGAUUUAGUGGUGCAAUUGCAAAUUUCAUAGUAUAUGGAUUUCACAUUUUUUCCUCAGUGAACCCCAACUUUGAUCCCACCUUAGUCCACGCGCGACAAAGGACCGCUCUAACAAUCUUUGAGUUGAGAUUAUAAUCUUUCAGGUCCCAGCAAAUAGAAAUCUAGUCCACUGCUCUACCUGUUUUGCUAUCAAGCCUACAGAGAUGCCUGGUACGUUUUUCACAUAUUAAGCCACAAAACUCGACGCUUCUAGAAAUCUAGUCAACCAUUUAACCGUUGGCGUUGAGUUAUCAAGCCCGAUCAAGUUUAGUCUAAUUGUAGAGUUAUGAUACAGACGUUCUUCAAGACCUUACUAAGACACACCUUUUAAAGAAAGAUUUAUACUCCUAAUCCAUCUUAAGGCAUCUGAUCCAUCGAUUUCUGUUUUGAGCUAUUAAACCAAUUUACCCAAAUUCAAAAGUCUCUAUGUUUCUAUACUCCUAGUCCAGAAUCAAUAAUUUUGUAUAUAUACAUUCAUAUGUUACUAAUAUAUCAUAAUGAGAUGGGCGAAUCAAAAACUCCGAUAUGGUUAGGUGAUGAGUUCCUAUCCUUAAAAGAACAUUUAUACGUGGGAUUUGUAAUAGGUUAUGCCAACUGUGUGCAUUUGAUGAGCACAAACGCCAAGCCGCAAAAAUGAUGAUGCGAAAAACAAGAAUAUUAAUACGGCGGCGCGCGUAGUAGAGGCGUAAACAUUAGCGGGUGGCAGGCCAAAGCUGUGAUUCCCUAAGUAGAAAAAAUUAACUGGAGUCGGAUUAAUUGCGCACGCUUUUGUGAGCUAAAUAGGAAAGACUUGCCGAACAGCGUUCUAUAGAGUUUGUUACAUACACCGCCUUUCUCUUAAAUCUAUAGGAGCCGUAGUUAGGAUAUAAAGCGCGUCAACGAUAAGCGGUUAUUACAUCGGUUUGAGGACAAUACAUGUAAAGACAUGCGCCACAAUAAGGCAAUUAGGACUUGGUAUGUUUAAUUGAUGGUGUUGCGUAAAACACGGAUGAAACACAGGGUUGCAUUUUGAAACAUGGAAAUAAAUACCGCCCAAUUCAGCCCUUUGACCUGUAAUGGGUGUUAGGGUUGAGACAAAAAUAUAAAGCAAUUUUAUUUCAUUGUAUUAGCUCACACUGGAUAGCUCUAUAUAUACGUUCUGACAAUACAGUUCUUCCCAGAGUAAACUAUAUAAUAUAGUUUACACUGGAUAGCUCUGUCAGUUCUAAACUGUUCUCCCCAGAGGUCCAGUAAAGGCCACUUCAUCCACUGUUACUAUACAGGAGGAAACCUAAACUAAACUAACAUUAUUUAUACUGGUUAACUCUGUCAGUUCUAAACUGUUCUCCCUAGAGGUCCAAUAAGAGCAUCUGUUAUUGAUCCAGUGUUACUACAAGAUCAAGGAAAUCUAACUAAACUAACUUUAUUUAUACUGGAUAUAGUCGUAUAAGUUCUAAACUGUUCUCUAAAGACUACGGCAAGGCCAAGUGUGUCUAUAAUAUCUGUCUCAUCAACUUUGCGGUGUAAUUUUUGUGUUUCAUAGUGUUAGCCUUGGGUUAGUUGGGGGGUAGGCUUAAGAGUUGGGGUCUUAUUGCUGGGGUCUUAUUUAGCUGCUACACAGCCGCCCUGUUGAAAAAAAUACCCGAAUUUCUUGGCGGAAAACUGAAGUUGGUGAGUUUGGGAGUUAGUAUAUUACAGAUCGCACAGGGCAAUCCCUUAUUGAUCCAGUGUUUUACUGCAGGAAGAAACUGAAGUACCUAAAGAUAACUUACUUUGGUAAGUCAAACUGAAAGAAUUGAUUUGUCAUGUGACUAAGGUUAAAGCCUGGCUCACACUAGCGAUUCAGUCGAUGAUUUUUCUCUCCUGGCAAAUGUGAUUGAAUGAAUGACAUGUAAAAGACUUAGAAUUGUUCACUUCUGAAAAGCGACUCUAUACUGUUGUGCGCGAGUUCACUCAUUUGCAUCAGUCGGAAACACAAAAUCGCCGACAAAAUUGCCAGUAUGAACCAGAUUCAAGAAAAGAGUUUAAGUUGGUAGAAUAUUCUUUCUGCAUUUGGCAAGAGGUGAAGUGAAGAUGAACGACGAGGUGUACUAACCAACACCCGACUUUGAUGGGAUAUAAUUCACUUAAUUUCUUUUGCAGAUUUGUGGCAUGCUUUGAUGGUGUCUUGUUGAUGAAUUUUUGUAAUUUUCCUGUUUGAUUCAGUGUUUAAAUCUCAAUUAGUUGCUUAGAAUUCGGUAAUAAGAGAGACUGCCCGCAGACCCUUGAAGUGAUUCACUGGCAAUCAAACUUCGCUUGUCAAAACUUGAAUUGGUUAAUGACACUAAUAUCCUUUUGACGUGUGGAUAGAUUAAUGAUGACAUGUUUGGAAAUUACUUGGUUUGGGCGCGCUUCCACUUCAAUUCCACUUUUAAGAACAUCGUUAAGCUUGUUAGUGUAUACAUGGGAAGCAAGAAAAUUGUAUCUGCCAGCAAAAUAGUAUCGCACCACACGAAAUCGUUAAAGAUUUUGAAUUCAACUGUAGUAAAGUUAUAAUUAAUAAUGGAUCAAUAAGAUAAGUUGGAACUGAUAGAGCUAUCCAGUAUGAAUAGUUAGUUUAGUUGGAUCAAUACUGGACCUCUAGGAAAAACAGUUUAGAUAGAGCUAAGUCAGCUAACAGAGAGUUAUCCAGUAUAAGUAAAGCUUUACGGAGUUCUACUCUGUACUGAAGCUGUAUAGGAGGAACGAGGGAAGAAUAGCUUAGAACUGAUAGAGUUAGUAUGGAAUUUGGUUUAGUUCAGACCGGCUAAACUCGACAUACACGAAGAAGCUUUUCCAUUUCCCCCCAUUAUAUACAUGUACAAUAUCAAUGCAAUGAAAUUUUAGCUGUUAUGAUUAUUUUGUAUGGGUCAUGCUUAUAUACCAAAAACAUGCUGUAAACUCAUUAGUUGACUGGGAACCAUCAACCACGCAUCAAUGCUAUAGCUGUUGCUCCAUUAAUACAUUUGUUACAAAGUUCAAACUAUAAUCUUCGCUUGAUAUACAGAUGAAAAGUAACUGUUCAAGCAACCAGGCGAAAUAAAUGUUUUUGUGUUUGUGAAGUCAUCACUUCUUGUGGGGCAUAUUGAAAAUCGAUUAGUAGACAAUAAAGAAGGUGCCACACCGCUUAACUCAUUAACUUAAACAUCUGUAUCAGCCUGAGCGGAUACUUAUAGAUCAAAACAAAAGUUAGACUCUUAUAGCCUUUGAAUAAGACCUCUUCCGACUUUGCAGUUGAUACUAUGAAAUUCACUUUAAAAUGACAUGAAGGAGGAAUAUUUGCCAUUUAUCAUCGCACAACCGACUCAGUUGAAUAGAUCAAAAAUUUUAUUCUUACAAUGCAUGUGUAUAUAAGACGUUUUUUUGAAAAACAUUUCUUAGCCCUAGGAGAAACUUGGGUUGUAAAUAUUACCCAUCUAUUUAAUGUACCUGGCUAUUAAAUUAACUGCAUGGGAAAAGCGCGCAUCUUCGGCGGAAACUCGUAAAUCUUGACGCAUUCAGAGAUAUCCUCACGACUUACUAAAUCAAACACAAAUCUUGUGAUUACAGCCGGGUCUUUCAACUCUUUCCGAGGCAUCACAGCUAAACCAAUACUGUAUUAUCAAUAUGUUAAGUUUACUCGAAUUGGAUUCAAACCAAUAAACCUCGCUAACAUUUUAAGCUAUCGCGUUAGCUAACAGUCCCAUUUAAGAGCGCGCGGAAUGAUGAUUAUGCUUGCCUCCUCGUAGUGAGAACCAAACUGUGUUCACUGGAUAUUUUCACGACUCGUUAAAUAAACACUAUCUUACAAUGUUUCAAUUCGAGUAAAUCUGGAUUGAGGACAACGCUUUAGAAAUGUUCUACGCCGCUAACAAGAAUGAUAAGUAGCCGCAGACAAGAUUAAUUACAUCAAUUUUGCCGAUGCGGAAUCUUCUGAAAUGUUUUUAAAUGAGCUCGGUUUGAAUGAAUCCGAGCUCUUGUUGUUAAACUGAGCUUUUGAGUUUUCGAUACCAGAAAUUACUAGCUUUUAAACCUGCGCCAUAGGUGUUUGUUGCAUUAAAUAUACAGAGCACGUAUGAUGAUCUGUUAAGAUAGCAAACGAUAUUGAAACAAGAUCUUACCUUUGGUGUCCAAGAGAAAAUAGUAAAUGUAAGUGGAUGUAGACGUGCCCAAUUCAGGUGCCAACAAUUUUCUUCUAUCUUUUAUCUCCAACGUAACACUUCGUCCGACGGUUGAACACAUAAUGAGCUAAAUGCGAGAAAGGAUCAUCAUUAAAUUAGUUUUGAUUCACCUAAGGACCUCCUCUUACCGCCCUUUCGUGUACCGUCUCACACCAGGGAACGAGUAGAGGGACAAUGAACCGCUCUGGACACGACCAUCUUGUUUAAAAGAACUAAUUAAGUAAUUAGCGCACACUACAACAUGUAAUAACCCGCGAGAUGUAACGGUAAAUAUGACACGAGUGCGGUGCGUUGGAUAACGGAAUAUCAAAGAAAAUAGACAAUAUUUUACAUUGCCGACAGGUACUGCUUGUAUGAUGAGCAUUGCGCACUCAUCAAAUUUACUCACUGCUCUUCUAGCCCACAAACCUUACAACGGAUGAUCCAAGCUAUGGACUAAAUUUUGAUCUAGGCAAGAACAAAAUUCAUCACCACAGCUAGAAAGAGCAUGUUACAUCUAUUAAAAUUGCAAAGUUUUGUUGCGAAAUGUUGUAAAAGGCGGAAAAUAUAGCCCUACGAAACUUGCAAAUUUUGUAUUAAUUUGCCGUUACGCACGCGAAAAUGCACCACUUUCGGCCCAAAAUUUCAGUGCGUGUUUUAUCAGACCUAAAGAUACUCGGCUUCAUGUUUUAAAUAGUACUUGUGAAACUCAUUAAUAAGUCAUGAAGAAAACACGAAAGAAAUCAUGACUGUGAAGAUUGUUUAUCUGAUACAGAAUCAUGCUAAUUUAUAUAAACUUUACGUUCAAUUUUCCCAGCAAAUGUCGUUCAUUUAUUUUAAAUUGUUGAAGAAUACGAAUGUUCUCAUUAGACGUUUCACAAGCCAUUUACUAUUUUUAUGUAACAGUACAUAAAAAUAGCUGUAGAAAACAAUAUUACAUAUCAGUCCAAUUUAAUUUAAUUUAAUGUAAUUCAUGUCAUUACAUAGAUAUAGAGAAUAAGUACAAGAUAGAGAUAGCUAGUGCUGUGCGCUGGAAUUUCGGCCUGUUUUGCCGGAGCUGGAGUUCAACCCCAGCAAAACUCCGGCAGCACUUAUUUGUGCUGCAAACUACUGUCGGACAUCGGCAAAAACCUGUAGGCUUGCCACAAACAUAGUACGAAAUGUUCAUGCAAAGUGUUAAAAUCAAAGACAGUGCUUCCACUUUGAAAUUUGCAUUAAAUUUCGAAUUUUCAGAAAGUUUUUUCCAUGGAGCCAGAGUUUGCACAUAACUAGUCACAGAGAUAACAUAAAUGUCUAAUUUAGAACAGUUUGUGAGUUGGUUCUGUACACAUUACAGAUAUUUCACAGCACACUCCCUAUCAGGGCUUUUCAGUGACUGGUUACAUUAGAAUAGAUAGAUAGACCGGACUGAACUGAAGCAGACCGAGGUAGACUUUGAGCUUACAAAUGGCGCUUGAGCAGCCGUUAUUAGUCCAUACCUCAUUAAUGAUCUGCCUCCAGACCUAUGUGCCUAACCCACCCUGUCAACUUUCCCUGUGGGAGGAAACACGGAGUACCCGGGGAAAACCCACGACUUUCGGCAAAGCGUUGACUUUUUACUCUUUUCACAUGAGGACUGGGUUCGAGUCACAUUGAGAGGUUCUCACUGAGAUUUGAACCUGCGGCCUUAGAGGUGAAAGGCAAGUGUGCUAACCACUUCGCCACCGAAGCCCCCUACUAGCGCUGGUGAUUAGUUGCUCUGCGUGUUCAAGACCAAGACCUGAGGUCAUGUAUUCAAGCUGGUUUCUCACUCACUGGCUCCCCACAAACACAGAGUAACGUCACUAAACACUCCUUAAUUUUCUCAAACAUCAAGUUCUUCACUUCGAGGUAACAUGAAUGUCUAAUUUAGAACAGUUUGUGAUUUGGUUCUAUACACAUCUAAAGCACUGGAGAUUAGUUGCUCUGCUUGUUCAAGACCAAGACCUGAGGUCAUGUAUUCAAGCUGAUUUCUCACUGGAUCACCACAAACACAAAGUAACGUCACUAAACACUCCUUAACCUUCUCAAACAUCAAGUUCUUCACUUCGAGGUAACAUGAAUGUCUAAUUUAGAACAGUUUGUGAUUUGGUUCUAUACACAUCUAAAGCACUGGAGAUUAGUUGCUCUGCGUGUUCAAGACCAAGACCUGAGGUCAUGUAUUCAAGCUGGUUUCUCACUAGAUCACCACAAACACAGAGUAACGUCACUAAACACUCCUUGAUCUUCUCAAACAUCAAAUUCUUCACUUCCACAGCAGCAAUACUUGACAUGGAUACAUCAAUAAUAAGCUUCAUUAAACACUUUAACAUGUCAUCAGCAUGGACUGGAACCCGCGGCCAAGCGUUAACAAUGACACAUUUCAAAACACUGAGCAUGGCAAGUCGCCACGCUUCUGUUUUGCCAUCCCCGAUCCCUAAAUAUCCAAAAAUGACCCUCAACAGAUGCUUCAAAUGCUUCACAAUGCUAAUUCCCAUAUGAAGCACAAACAAUGCCAAAUUGUUACAAUAAGCUCGUCUCAUUAGGAUCUUACUCUCAUACUCCAUUGCUGCUAAAAUAAUUUGCAAAUUUUCAUCACACUUAUUUGUUUUAUGAUUGGCAAUGGAAUUCUUUGGAGAGGGCUCAAGAACUUGGAUUAUUUUCAACAAACAAGGCUGUAAAACUUGCAUUACUUGAGGCUCAUUAGUAUGUAUACGAUGAUGUAGAGCAUCGUAAAUUAUAUCUGCACGACCAUACCAACAUAGUUCAGUUGCAUUCAUGUUUUCGAUCACAUGAGACAAGGUUAGAAUGCCAAUAACACGGUUUUGAACUCGAUAAUCGUCAACCAAGAUUAAGAGAGGCGGCAGCAUCAUUGAAAUGUGUUCUCCAAGAUAAGGAUGUUUCACAUUUGUUAUCAACCAUAUCAGCACAUGUAUUGCAACAGGGUAAUCAGGCAGCUUGUAGGUCGCCAUAAACAUUUUCAUAUUUUCUAAAAUAUCACCAAGGAGUCUGCUUGGGAAUAAACAGCCACGUUCUGCAUGGUCAUUCACAACAGAAUCUUUCCCACAAAGCAAGUCAACUGCACCACGGCUGCCACAAAUAACUGUCAAAGACUCUAAGAUUUCCAGUGCAAUUUUCUUACAGCUAUCCAAAAUCCAGGUUUGGUCACCAAUUUGCUGUAAACAGGUGAUCAUUAAUUCACAUGCAACCUUGUUUAGUACACUUAACUUGAAGUUUCUGAGAAUUUCCGUUUGUGAAUUCUCAGAAAUUGUUUCUAGAACCAAGUGGCAUAAUUGUAAAAUUCCAUGAUAUAAAUGAAGUUUUCCAUGAGUUUCUAGCUGUUCUGCAUUAAAUGGCAUUAAAUUUAUAAGCUUUAAUAGUGAACUUAGAAAUCCUAUUAUAGCUUUCUUGGAUUCCUCAAGCUCUGACGUUUCCAGGAUUUUCAAUUCUCGUGCGUCGACUCCGAUAAACCACUCGUAGGAACAAUUUCUUAGAAUUUCAGUAAGAAUUCUACAUACUUUCAAACAUUGUAAGUAUUUUUCGGUCCUUUCAAGCUCUUUUAAAUACUCUGCCGUAGUGUGAAGCAAAAUUUGAGACGAGAACAAUUCGGGAAUUCGUGAGGCAAAUUCGAUCAAAUUAAAAUUGCCCACGCCUUGCCCAAUAAAAACCUCAUUUUCUUGGUCAAAAUGUGGCGGAAACCACUCACAAAUUAUGUCAAAUAUAUCCUUUAGCAAUUGCCUCGAGUUGCGGUUGCCUUUAUGCUUUUUAAUUAAUUUUCUAAACGUUUUUUCACCCAAAAAUUCAGCAAGAAUCGUAUUACAUUCUUCGAGUGACUUCGCCGCCAUUUUGGUAAAAAUGGCUACCUACUCGGGGUAGGGUAGUGUGAUAACUGGAGAUAACUUUUCCCAAAAAAGUUAGCUAAAACCUCAUACAAAUACAAAAUAAUUCUAAAACCUGUUUCUUCUGACUUUCGAGCAUAUUUUGGCAACUUUAACAUACUUUACAUAAGUGCAUUGUUAUUAAAAGAAUUCUUACAUUAUUCUGCCUCCCCUCCUUAGUAGAUUGUCGUCUUGAAAGCAGCCAAAAAAUUCCAAAAAUACAUGCGUCAUUAUAGUACAAACCAUUUCAACAUGAAUACCAAACGAAAUCGUCCCGAAUCGAACGAAACGGUUGCAAAAAAGGCCAAAUUCAUGGAUGGGCUAUCGCGAUAUGAAAUAUCUGAGUCAGAAAAGGCAUUAUUUGAGCCAGAAUGUCAAACCAAACACGAAGACCGCGAAGCACAAUCACAUGGCGAACCGACUUUUCGCGCCAAUAUAAAUCAGGUCAAUGACGACACCGAUUCGGAGCUAAGUGACCUUAUAAUCGACUUUUUGAUGAUUUUGACUCGGCAGAUGAACAAAAUCGACAGCCCGUGGCAGGUAACGUAGGUUAAGCUGCUAAAAUAGUUUCUAGCAGUCCAAAAGCGGGAAAACUAUCGAUAUUUGUUUGUGUUUUGUGACCGCCAUUUUGAAUUCCGCUGUCACAAAUAUUCGCCGGUAUUUUUCGAUUUUUCAUACAAUUUUAAAGUGUUUAUCGAAAAUUUGUUUACGCUAAAGAUAGAUUAGGCUGAUUUAAAGGAUAAUUGAUAAAGAUCUUUGUUGUAUGUGUUUAAAAAUUUGAGUAAUUCUAUAAGUUUGUAAAAAUAUUUUUGCCGGAAAUAAGGAAAUUCCAAUAUGGCGGCAUUGCUCGCCUUGCGUAUAAGAGACUGGGUCGAGCACGCACGGUGUUUCGUAAUUCGUCAAAGGAAAGGCGGGGGGGGGGGGUAAUCUUACAAAAAUGAAAUCCCAUCCAUAAAUACAGUCAAAUAGGUGUGGAAAUAGCUAGUGGAUAUGGCCCUCUUCACUUACAGUACCCUUCCCAGAGGAGUUACCCCCUGCUGCCCCUAGCCUGUUCCCUCUUGCAAUGAACCCCCAAUCUUUCAUCAUAAUUCUAUAUAUUGUCCAAAUUAAUGACAAACACAUUUACAUGGUUAGGUCCGAUGGGUUGGAUUCAGAGACACAUAGAACAGGGAACAGAUCCUCGACAUAUUUUACAAGAAAUGUUACCAUCAAAUAUUGUAUUGGUAAGAAAAUAAAUGUACUUACCCAACAGUAACUCCACUCAAGUGAUGUUGUCAACCACAUUCUUUCAUCUGCCAGUUGGCACCAAAUCAACUCCUCAGUCCUUUCUAAUUUGUUCAAAUAGCACAUCCAGAUAUUCUGUUGUCUUCCUUCUUGUGCACUUUCCCUGUUCACCUUGAUACCUCCUUGUUUCUCAAUGACAUGCCAUCCAUGAAAUACUCAUUACGCAUUGCAUAAACCACAUUUCAGUUGCUUUAAGUGUGUCAGUUGUGUGUUGCACAGCCAUAUAUGAUAUGGGGCAUAAGAUGGCAGCCAUAGGAACCUUUAUUCAGGAUUUGAUCAUAUUUAACGUGUAUUCUUUGCAAAUCAGCGCUCAGCUACAAGGGAAGAUGAUUAGCAUCUUCCACGUUCAUCAUUCCUAUUGAUGACAACUUGAUUGAAAAAACAACAAAGUUUCAUCAGUUUUGUUUUGCACUGUGAUUAAAAUUGUCUCCAUUUUCCUUUCUAGCCAGAAGACAUGGAUAUAUUCACGAUGUGGAAAGUGAUAUUUGACCUGAUUACCGACCCACAACCUCGACAAAAAUUACCUGAUAUAAACACAUUAGUUCAAGUCGUAGAUCUAUUAAAAACCUCUAGAAAUAUUCUUGUAUUAACAGGAGCUGGGGUUAGUUUGUGAUUUACGAUUAGCAUUUCUAUAUAGCGCAAAUUUAGAUGUGGAUACGAUCAAAUGCGCUUUACAUCGCCUAGACUAUUUUAUCUUUACAACAAUGGACCAUUUGCAUAUAGACUAAAUUUUGAUCUGAACAAGUGUGGACAAAAAUUUCAUCACAGCUUGAAAGAGCAUCACAAAAUUAGUAAUAUUCCAAAGUUUCGUUGCGAAAUGUUGUAAAAUGCGGAUAAUAUAGCCUUGCGAAGUUUGCCAUUUUUCAGUCAUUUUGUAUUACAAACGGGAAAUUGACAGCCCCAAAGGGUAUUGGGCUGUCAAUUUCCCCCGCGUAAUACAAAAUGACUGAAAAACGGCAAACUUCGCAAGGCUAUAUUAUCCGCAUUUUACAACAUUUCGCAACGAAACUUUGGAAUAUUACUAAUUUUGUGAUGCUCUUUCAAGCUAUGAUGAAAUUUGUGUCUAGACUUGUCUAGAUCAAAAUUUAGUCUAUAAUGCAAUCCUAACCCACCCUAUCAACUUUCCCUGUGUGAGGAAACCGGAGCACCCGGAGGAAACCUAUGACUUUAAGCAGAGCAUUGACUGACUCUUUUCAAUUAUCAUUUUGAAGUGGCGUUAAAGCUCCUAGUAUGAAUCAAGUUGGUUUAGUUCACUGUCCUCAACACAUAUUGGAAGAAUAUCUUGGAUUACUGAUGGGUAUCGUUUUUCUUUAGGUGUCAGUUUCUUGUGGUAUACCAGACUUCAGAUCACGAGACGGAAUUUACGCAAGAUUAAGUAAAGAGUACCCUGACUUGCCUGACCCGCAGGCAAUGUUUGACAUCAAUUAUUUCCGAUAUAACACAAAACCUUUCUACAAGUUUGCCAAGGUAUUAAAAUCUUGUUCAUAUACAGACAGAAUGUACUGUCCAUCUCUCUCUAUGUUCAUAGAGCAUUUUUGAUGUGCUUGUUUAUUUAGGAAAUUUAUCCUGGCAAAUUUAAACCGUCCUUAAGUCACAGAUUUAUCCAUCAUUUGGAAAAGAACAAUAAAUUGUUGAGAAAUUAUACUCAAAACAUCGAUACUUUGGAACGGGAGGCUGGAAUUACACGAGUCAUUGAAUGCCAUGGUGAGAUAUAGAAUAAUUUUAUUCAAGACUGGUUUUAAGACUGAACCAAUUCCACAUGCAGAAAGUUGUUUUAAGGUUCAUUUCAACUUCACAUUUCAUGGGUCUUAGACUAUGUGCACACGGUGACGUUUUCGAGCGUUUUCAUUUGUGUUUUCAUGCUAAAACGGAUGCAAACACUAUCAAUUAACGACAAAAGCUGUAGUUUAUUUAAUAUAUUGGAAAUAUUUUCCUUUGGACCCUGUGAACAGGGCGUCAAAACGAUUAAAGGGGCAAAAACGUUUUUGAAAACGCUGGAAAACGACGCCCAUGUGCACAUAGAGUCCCGUUCGCACUCUUGAACAUUGACAUUGUUCAACAAAGUUGUUAAAACAAAACAAAAACAAAAAACUUUUAAACUAUUUAAGAGGAAUAUUUCUUUUUCAAUAUUAUAGGUUCAUUCUCGACAGCAUCAUGCACCAACUGUAAAUAUAAAGUACCGUCAACCGCUAUCCGAAAUGAUAUUUUGAAUCAGGUAAUAUACUGUCCCUGCCAUAUGACUUAAGUUUGUGUGUGUGUGUUGUAUAAUGUAUAUGUGUGUGUGUCUGUCUGUAUGUCUCUUCAUGUGUGUGUGUUUAUCCACACGUCUCGUAUUCUCUCUCUCUUUAUACACCUCUUCCCUCUCUCAUCCACUCCUUCAUAGCAAUUUUGGUAACAUAUAUAUUUUUUUUAUAAUUUGCAACUUCGCUGGCAGGUGCCUUGCAUAAGUCCAAAUUCUAGAGUCUCGUUCGUACCCUGCCAUUUUGGAUCACUCGCUAAAUAUACAGUAUAUCUGUAUAGUAUCGCUAUCUAAACAUCUGUAUAGUUUUUGUUUUCUUUCUACAUAGUGAACUUAUCUUGUAAUAAUUUGAUCCAUUUGUUAAAAUAAAAUAAAAUAAAUAAAAAUGAAAGAUCAAAUUAAUCUAUACCUCUCUCAGUCUGAUCGAAUAAAUAUAUGACUGCUACUCAUAAGCCAUGAUCAAAAUAUUAUUUUACCUUUAUUAUUAGGUAACGCCACUGUGUCCAAAAUGUCCAGUUUCUGAAGAUUCACUUUCUGUCAUGAAGCCAGGUACAUUUUCAGCUUUCCUAUUGAGAAAAAGUGUUAUAUAAGAAGAUACUUCUUCGUGUGCUCGAAAUGUCAUAGUUUCGAUGGCAAGCUUUCAACUCGCGUUCUUCACAACUGUUCAGCUCAUAGCCUGUGUCAUAGCUCUCAGCUGCAAGUAAGGAUGAUAAACACACUUCCACUUACUAUACUUACAUAUUCUAUUUCAGAUAUUGUGUUUUUUGGUGAGAGUUUGCCUCAGAAAUUUUAUGAUUGUAUUCAACAAGAUAUAAAUCAGGUGAAACGAUGAAAAAUAUUCCGAUAAAGAAACACUCGCAUAAUAGUACCCUUGUUCCGGUGGGCUUUUUUACACUUCCACCAGAACAUCUUCGGUAUCUUAAAUUAACUUUUAUAUGAUUUUUUUUUCAGGUUGAUUUACUCAUCGUUAUUGGGUCUUCACUGAAAGUCAGACCUGUGAAUUUAAUAACAAGUGAGAAAUGAUUUCUUUUUACCCAUUGAAACGCCAUCGCUUUCUCUUUGUCACUUUGAUGAUUAAAAUUGCCUGGCGUUAGUGUAGGGAACAUUGUCGCUAGAUUGUUUUACAGUAUCAUACAUAAUCACGCUCCAUUAGUUGAUAGCAUUAAGGACGAUUAAGACUACACAACUUUAGGGAUCUUAUGCUAUGUCUACCACAACUUUCUUAUUAUAGAUCAAAUACCAGCUAACAUCCCACAACUUUUAAUAAACCGUGAACCAUUACCAAGCAUGAAUUUUGAUGUUGAACUUCUGGGAGAUUGCGACACAAUAAUCGCACAUUUGUGCAAACAACUUGGUGUACCAUGGAAUGAGGUUUUACAAGGUUUUGAAAUUCCCAACGUCUCGAAGGAAUUCCUAACGCCUUUCAUACCAACACCCCCUGAUUCUCCAACCAAAGAUGGUUACAAGGAGGGCGUCCUUCAUCAUCAUGAUGAUGGUUUGGGAAAGAAGUGUUGUGAUUCGGAAAAGAUCGUUGGAACUGGUGAUCCAUUGGAUCAGUGUCAGAGAAAAGACAAAGGUAACGUUACUGAUCAACUUCGGAACAUGGCUGAAGAACAGGGUUCGUACAUGCAGGGCCGCCGAGAGGCGCAGGGGGAGGGGGCAAGUUACCCCGGGCCCCCACCUUAAUAGGGCCUCAACUUGAGACCGAGAGCCUAAAAUUGAAUAGGUCCUUUAAAUUGGUUAGAGCAUUUUUGAAAUCGAGGGCCCCUUACAGUAGCUCCACAUACUAGUUGGGUGACUGACUUGGGUCUAGCUUAAAAAUAAUUAUGUCAUGGGGCCCCCAGACAAGAUUUUCCCUGCGCUAUCUAGUGUAUAUAAGAUAUCUAUGAUCCAUGACCGGUGGAGUAUUAUGUAAUUAUUAUUAAAAUCUCCAAUACUAUCUUUAUUUUUGUAGAUAUUUCUCAUAUAUUUCUUCCACCAUGUCGAUAUAUUUUCCACGGUGCUGAGAUUGGACGAUGUGAUUCACCAUUGCCAUUUGAGGACGAUCAUCAUGAUCAUGAGUCAAACAAUGAUGAUUGUUCAAUCGAAAUUGAAGACGUGAGUUGUACUGAACGUGGACACAUUGAAAAGGACGAAGGUUUCAAAGACAAUUGCGAGCAUACUGACACAGAGGAGCGUGAAUUUAGAAGUACCAGUGAAAUGACACAGAGUGAUUUGCUUACAAACGCUGACUGUUUCCCGACUUCGGAGGUUAAAGAAUAAUGGUUGCUUGGUCUUUGGAAUACCGUAACGCUAUCUCGAUAAGGAAUCAGGGUGGUUUAGGGAAUAGCCUGCAAGCAGGCUCACUGGGUAUUUAGGGAAGUUUGCUCUCUAUAAAAAUGACUGAACUAGGGGGCACGUCAGACUGCAUUCGUCAGCGAAUUAAGUUGUGAAGGUUCGUUUUUAAGCCGGUUAUAGACGAGCAAAUUACUGAAAGGUGAAAAAUGUGUGAUGGAGACUGAAUUAUUCGUGAAUUAUUUUUGUACAAAAUAUCUACAGUAUGGCCUGGUUAUAACCAGUUAUUUUUUUAUUGAAAUCUACGGUAAUAAGGAAGAACUAUCUCCGACUUUCUGACCGUUUUUGUGUUGUAUAGGAGUACCAAUCUGCCAGCUGGAUAAUAUCGGAAUUAUUUUGUGUGACAUGGUUUAUGCAUAAACUGCAAUUUAGUCAGAUGGUGGAUGUAAAUACAAAGAAAUCAUAGAUUAUUUUAUGAUGGAAUAAAUCUUUUUUACUGUAUUUUGUAAAAAUUAUAUUCAAUUUAAAGUGUGUAUGACAUGAAAUUUCUUAUUUUCUUGAAUGAAAGAACUCUUUAAGCUGUAGUGUAACUUAUUUUUCAGUUUCUUGUUUUUAUGGUUUGUUCCAGAGAUAUUUCAAUUUGUUUUAUUAUGUAAAUGAGUGUGAACGUGUCCGCUAAUUUAUGACGUCACUUUGGUUGCAAGCUCAACUUACACUGGUUAUAAAUGUAUUAACUCUAAAAACUGUAGAUAUCAGUUCACGUUUUUCUCCAGUGUUUCAUCACAUUUACCAGUGAGCGAAGUUUGACACUAUCAUCUUGGAUGAUAGCAGUGAUAUUCAACCAAAUUAAAGAGCUUGCAACCAAAGUGACGUCAUAAAUUAGCGGACAUAUUCAUACUUAUUUAUAUAUCAAACAAAACUGGAAUAUCUUGGGAACAAACCAUAAAAACAAGAAACUGAAAAAUAAGUUACACUACAGCUUAAAGAGUUCUUUUAUUUAAGAAAAUAAAAAAUUUCAUGUCAUAUGCACUUUAAUUACAAUGGUACUCACUACUCAGUAGUCUGGUGAUCAAAAAAUUACCCUGGAAUACUAUGAGUGCAGGUAAAUAUAAUUCUUACAGUAAUUUUUUUCUGGAAAUGUUAAAAGGUGGUAUUGUAAGAGCCAUAAUUGAUUAUUACCACAAUUGACAAAUAUUGAGGGAAUCUGGGAGAAAUAAUUAUUUCUACCCAGAAUCCCAGAUGCCUCUCUUGAACAACAAAAGAUUCACUCUUAAACAAUGCAUGGUAUUCACAAUUUUAUUUUUAUUACAAACAAUUUAAGUCGUCUAUUUCCAAAUCUAGUAACUUGAAAGGUAUCCCCUGGAAAGAAAAAAAAAGAAGUUUAAUUAAAAUAAAGACAAUUGCUGUACAGACGAAUACUUGUAUACAAAACAGUAGGGGUGUACAGGAACCAAUUUUUUUUAAGUUAGAACUGGCCAGAACUGGAAAAAGUUCCUACCAGAACUGAUUAAGCCAUAUAUAGUCAUAUGUUAUGUUGUCUGCUGCCAGACACUUAAAGUCAACAAGGAGAGAGCUCGCAAAUCAAAUAUUAGAAUAAAAUUCAAAAGAUUGACAAAUGUUAAACAUCAUAAUGAAGUGUUAAUAGUGUACAUUUUCAUUCUGUAGUUCAAAUUUCCCCCUGCUGUGAACUUUUGUUAGACACAAAAACGUUUGAUAUUCUAUCUCUCUGAAAACAACACAGUUCCGGCCAUGCUUUUUUUACUAGUUCCGGCCGGAACCGGAACAAUGAAAAAUUAGGGUUCCGGCUGGAACUAACCGGCCAGAACCGAGUUCCGGUGUGCCCUGUACAAAAUAGUUAAACAUGCAACUGUUAGACUAUUAUGAUGGCUAACUUCAAACUCUGAAACUUAACCAAUUGAGUGCCAGCGCUCUCCCCUUGACAAGCAAAAUCAUCUGGCAUUAGAUGGAGUAAAAUGGUAAAGUUUGGCACAUUAGGACACAAUGCAACUUAAUGGGGUGAAAGAAAUCAAAUAGCCUUAAAAUACAUCUUGUAUAUUGGAUUUUUUUAAUACAAAAAUGAUCAAUAUACUUACGGCAAUUUCAUUUUCAUAAAAAUGCGGCAACAGAUGAAAGCGACAAUAACACAAAUAAACCCGAGGGCAAGGAGUAGCAAUCGAUUUAGUUUCGGCAACCCAGGGGAGUUUGAUUUGUCGAGAACGAUGAAACCAAGUCCACCAAGAGAGAACAUGAAACUUGCAGCCAAACCUUCCAUUAUAUACUGUCCAUUGACUCGAUAAGGCAUAAAUGCAACCUAGAGGGAAAAUGUGCUAUUUUGAAUCAUAAUUCAAGCAAUUCACAUACUUUACAGUUCAUGAUACUCAAACUAUGCAAGUAUUUCAUGGUGUGUUUUUUAGGCCAAAUAAAAAAAUAUGUGGGUUUCCGGUUUCCCGACCCUACCUAGCUUUUGGACGUCGAAAUCCCGACCCUAAACUUUUUUAUUGGAUCACGCUUGUAAGUGUUUCCACUUAGAGCAAAACGUUUGUGGAAAAUGAAAAUUUGAGGCAAUAUUACAGAAAUUUAUUUUUGGAUGUGGAAGCACUGACUAAACAAAAUGGCGUCCGGUUGUUAGGAAAAUUUAAAAAAAAGUUUAAAAAAAAAGUUAAAACCGACCUACCCUACCUAAGUUUUUACAAGAGGAAACCGGAAACCCACAUUUUUUUUUGGCCUUAUUGCGCGCAUGCUGCUAUUUUAUGGUGUUUUUCAUGCUGUGUGUAUUCUGUGAUUCAGUGAUUAUUUGGGUAUUUUCUGGUACUGGUAAUGCCAAAUAAAUACUACAGCUUAUACAGCUUGCUCAUCAAAAUGACAAAAUAUGCUAAAAAGUUUCUAAACAUCUUACAGGUUUGCUGUUGCCAUGUUCAUCUGUCGUACUUCCAAUGCUCGGUGGCUCCACGAUUACAUCAUAAAUAAUGCCUGAAAUUGUGAAUUUUAGUUAAAUCCAGUGUAACAUGUAGUGCAUACGAAUGUCUAUCAUUUAUGGGGAGACUGUAUAUCAGUAUAUGUGAAUUCAUCUGUGAAACACAAUACUAAUUACAGGAGUUUUAAAGGACAUCGAGUCAUGCUUUGCCAGCCAUGCCUCUCUUUCAAAUUCACACAAAAUUGACAUAUCAAAAUUGAGACUAUAAUAAUACCAAAAUUAUUGAUGUAAAUUGAUACAGUUUUACAGUGCAGUCAACGUGUACAUUUUUAUAAAUCACAUGUUUACAAAAACCCCUCAACUUUAACCCUCGAUAUCUGAGUAAAAAAUCCUUACCUCCAGUGACUAAGAAAUACGAAAGAAGCACCAAAGCAAAAACUACCAUUGCCGAUGGAACUUUGAGCCAUCCUGGCUUUUUAAUCCUGAUAUUUGGCAGUUCAAGGACAUGAAAAUAUAGCCCAUACACAGACUCCAUAUUGUUCUCCCAGAAAAGAACACGAAGCUAAACUUCAUUCCAAUUGGUUAAAAAACAACCAAUCAAAACCCACGACGUUGAUCUCAAAACGCCAUUUAAAAUCACGUGUGUAAUAAAUUACUCGAUUUUGAUUGGUUGACGAUGAUCGAAGGUUGCUUCUGAUUGGUCAGUGAGCGACAGGCGCAAAUUCGAAAACUUCCUUGUCGUUUUCAAAAAGCUGAGCUUGCAAAGAGAAGACAAGCGAUUCGUUUCAAAACUCAAAUUUCUGGUUAGGUAAGUAAGGUAAGUACAUAGUUUCCCUUGCUUGUUAUAAAUAAAUCUUUAUCUGUUAGUAUUAGAUUUCCUUUAGGCCGAGUUUCAGCUUCUCGCGAAAUAAAAAUCGGCGAUUAAAAACGAUUUUAUUUGAACAGGACAGCGAUUGUUGAAUGGCAACAAUGGCGAAUGACGACUACAUGUAGUGAAUUUCAACCGACUUUUAAGCCCUAAUUUAAGCUUUCUCAAACUGAUUACAUAUAUUAAGAAUGUGUUAUGAAACGUUAUUUUGUGAAUUUAAGUAUAAAUAAAGUCCAGUAAGUGAACGAAUAAUCUGAUAAUAGCUCACACUUUCCACUUGCUUCAAAUUUCAGAAUGCCUUGUGUACAUUUUUCAUAGGUUUAUUGCCCCUAGUUCUCCCAUGUCUGGUUUUGUCAUGACGACCAUGAAAGACUACGAAAAGAUUGAAAAAAUUGGCGAAGGUUUGUUGGCUUUAAUUUAGGACAUUUAUUUAGUACACACAUUCUGCUCCUGAAAGCAGUUUAUCUCAUUUCAAUUUUCGAAUAUUCUCUAUUUUGAUAGGUACAUAUGGCAUCGUGUACAAAGCGCGAAAUUUGAUAACUCGUAAAUUGGUUGCUUUGAAGAAAAUUCGUUUAGAAUGCGAAGACGAAGGCAUGCCAAGUACAUCUCUGAGAGAGAUAUCUGUGCUCAAAGAAUUAGAACACCCAAAUAUUGUACAGUAAGUAGCUCUGGCAUCAGAGAGUAAAGUAACAAAAUAGGGGCAUUAGAGUGCAUUGCAAUUUAAUGGGUUAAUAUGAGGCAUAGGAAGAUCAGGUCUACUAUGAGAUCAGUGGGUAAAAUACUCAAAAUAGCCUAUAGUCCUACCCUUUAUUCCACUGGGGUGCCACAUAUGGGUGCCAUUGUUAAUCUUUUCAAUUUUGUGAAAAUGUAUUUAGGUUACAACGUGUUGUUUAUGAAGAAGAUAAGCUCUAUCUGGUAUUUGAAUUCCUCACAAUGGAUUUAAAGAAACAUCUCGACACAACAAGUGGAUUUCUGGAUAAAAUGCUUGUAAAGGUAACUAUUUCAUUAUGUACUUUAACCCAUUGAGUGCCACCGCUCUCCCCUUGACAAUAAAAUUGUCUGGGAUUAGACCAAGUAAAAAUGGGCUAAUCUACAAUAUCAUUUUCAAGCAGUUUUCAGAUGCCGCUUAUUGUAGAAUACUAGCUACAUUAUGGACACAUAUUUGAGAUAUGCUCACCAUAUAUUUUUGUUUCCUAGAGUUAUUUGUACCAAAUAUUAACUGGCAUGCUUUUCUGUCACACUCGAAGAACACUACACCGUGAUCUUAAACCACAAAACUUGCUCAUCGAUGACUCGGGUGUAAUAAAACUUGCAGAUUUCGGGUUGGCUCGAGCAUUUGGUCUACCUAUUCGCGCUUACACACAUGAGGUAAUUAUAGCAUCAUUACUAAUUAACCAAGUUUCAUUUGAAUGCCCUCUGGUGUAGUAGCUAAGACAUUAACUUGAAACAUUGAUGUAAUUAUUGUAAUUCAUUAUUGGUUAAUUAUGCAAUUCUAUCCAUUUAGAUUGUGACAUUAUGGUACCGUGCCCCAGAAGUUCUCCUCAACUCCCCUCGUUACUCCACUGCAGUUGACCAGUGGAGCAUCGGCUGCAUCUUCGCAGAACUGGUUACCAAGCGACCAUUGGUUGCAGGUGAUUCUGAAAUCGACCAACUAUUCCGUAUUUUUAGGUAAGCACAAGUUCGAAGUGUUUAUGCAAUUUAUCCCUGUAGGCCAGGGUGAUUUGCAUUGACUGCAAUGCCUAAAUAAAUUUGCCAACAGUGCCCCAAACUUUCACACCAACAGCACCCCUUUUUUUCUUCCAACCCUAUUAUUUUUUCAACAUGAUUGACCAUGCAACCCUAUUUUCUCCGGUUGGUUGCACCGACUGGCCCUAUUAUUUUUUCAAUGUGAUUGACUGUGCGACCCUAUUUUCUCUGGGUGGUUGCGGGCUGCUGCCAAAAUGGCGUCUGUUGUCACACUAAUUAUUGAAAAAAAUAUUCAAAAAAAAUUAUUUCCGACCUACCGACCCCAAUUUUUUCGCGAUAUUAAACCGGAACCACAGGUAUUUUUUUACGCCUUAAUUAAAACUUAUUCAUGAAUUGAUCAUCACAGGCUUCUAGGUACGCCAACAGAAGAAAACUGGCCAGGAGUAACCAAGUUACCUUUAUACAAACCAACGUUUCCCAAGUGGACCAAAUCUGAGAAUGACGGAUUGAAGAAAGUCGUUGCGACACUCUGUAGCAGUGGUAUCGACCUCCUGGAGAAAUUUUUCAUCUAUCAACCAAGUAUGCGUAUCUCUUGCAAGAAGGCGCUACAACAUGCCUACUUCUUGGACCUCAAUACCAGCUCUUUACCCGCACUGCCCGAUCUCUCUUGA